AUGCUCAAGUUCCGAGCGGACCGUCGGGUCAGGUAGGAUUUUCCAGGUGAUGCUGCAAGGCUGUAGAGAGGAGGCAGCGGGGUCACGGCCUUGUCAUUCUUGCUCUGGGGGCUCAUGUGUUUCAAAGAAUGGCUCAUUGGGAACUUCAUUUUGGUCAGUGACUGCUGCAUUGCAGUGCUGGGGUAGCAGAUGCUUAACUCAGGAGUUUGUGGAAUAGGACCAGGAGAGGCAGCUGCUGGGGAGGGAAUAUUUAAGGCGGUUCUGGGGAAGUUAGCUCGGUGGCGUUAGUGCUGAACCCUGAAAGCUGGAACUGGGGGGGGGGGGUGGAGAAGGAGGUGGUUGGCCGAGUGCCAGCAGGAGGUGCAGAAGCCACACACAACUACAAAGGAUUCUGAAGGGAGGAGGAAGAGGAGGAGGGAGCCCGAGAAUAAAAGGCAAACCUGCUUCUGGCUGAACUGAUUCAAGAACCCUUCUGAAUAAAGGCUGAAAGCAAAACAGUGCAAUGGCUAUAAAAAGUCCCACAGGCUAUACCUGUCCAUGAAUAACACUCUGGGUGGUUUCGGCAGCUCCAGGAAAGUUAGUUUUCACAUGGCUUUGUAAUGUGUGCUCAAACUGAGUCUCUUGCUACCGUGUUCCAGUUUAGAAAUGAAACAGUACUUGAAGGUAGAGUGCCAAGAAAGGAUAACGAUCAGGUAAAUUUACACCAAGCUAAGAAAUAUUAUAAUGCAUGUAAUAGCCCUCAUAAAUAACAGUAGUAGUAAUAUAGUACAGUACCUUCAAGAUACCUGGCUCUUUACAAGAGAAUAGAAAAGACAGGCCCCUGCCCCGAGGACCUUACACUCUAAAGUUUUAAUAAUGGGGAAAGUCACAAGGGAGAUGCAGGACGGUAAAAGCAAGGGGAACAAAUAAUGGAUGUGGGCAAACACAAUUGUAGCUGUUGUUAACUGGGAAUGGUGAUGGGUUCAAGCAAGAGUUUCUGAUCUGACAUUGUUGCAGAACACAGUGCUAACAGGUACAAACACUAGUUCUCGGAAUUUGGUGCUGGGUAUGGAUUGAUGUUGUCCAAGUCAAAAGUUUAUGCCUGUCUUCUCAUAUGAAACACCCCCAUCAUUCUGGCUUGUCUCUGUAGUUAGGAAGCGAGGCUCUGCCUCUUGUAUGUCUCAUUGCCAUCCUUACAUGGUCACUAGCUAUGCUGUAACUCAUUUUUUUUCAAGUGCACUAGCAUAAACAUAACUGUAUCAUCUCCCCCCACCUCCAUUAUUAUUUUUUAAAAAAUCUGUUUUGGGGACUUUUGUUCCUUUACUUUCUCAAUUUAAAUGCAACAUUAUUUAUUUGGGAUGUGAACUAAUAAAAAUUUCUCAAUUGAAUUGGUGGGAACAAAACAUGAAAUGGAAUUAUGUACUGGCUAUUUUUUAUUUUAAAAAACUUUGUUGAUGUGAUUUCAUGCUUUCUACUGAAACUCUGUGUACUUUCGGAACUUGGGUUUAGUGACAAGGCUUAUUUAUCCUACUCAAAACACAGUUGCAAUAUAUUCUUGGCUUGCAUGUUGACAUUGUGCAAGGCGAUGAACCAUUUGGAUAGCCUAGCCUAGACCCAUCUCUACUAGGCAAAGGAACCAGGAAGUGGGGGGGGGGGUCAUAUACCUGUAGAAAUAGAUAAAGCACAAGCCUUUAGUUUAGAUGCUGGGCUGGGAAAUGGAAGACCUCAAAAUAGACCAUCAUAGUAGCCUUGGAGAAAGUUGCUUCAUGUUGCUUUGGGCUUCAAUUCCUGAAAGUAAAAUGGAGAUGUGGGCAUCCUGACAACUGUGGCGGAAAUUUAUCUUGAGUUAACAGGUGGUGGAUUGCAUAUUCUUGUGGCAUACCAGAGGUAAAACCAGCCACAUAUUAGAACCCUGAGAAGUCCAGGAAGCAGAGUAUUCAGUUGAGUUACCUCUUCCUCCUCAUUGUACCCUGUGUCAUUGUUACGCUGCCUCCUAACUGGAGUUCACUGUUCAACAAUGCUUAAUGUGCCCUUUUCAGAGGAUACAGCCCAGGGCAAUUGCUCUGCCCUCCCCCCCAAAAAGGCAUUUGUUAAAAUUAGAAAUUUUGCUACAUGCAAAGCUGAAAACAUCCACCACACACCUGCCACAUUUGAAAUAGGCCACAUGAAUCUUCUAGCAGAAUCUGCAGAAGAGCCCCAGAUCUCCACAAUUCCACCUUUCUGAGCUCUUGAACCUCAUCUGUGACUGCUCUCCACACUUCCUGGAGGGAGACGCUCACAAGUAUCUUUCACCUCACCCCAUCCUAGGAUUUUCAUAUUGUCCUGUGCCUUGCAGUCGAACUUAUCUUACUGCGUUUUGACAUGGUAAAUUUACCCUCGGAAGAUUUUGCCAUGCUACUUCUGUGUCAUGAAUACUUCAUUUGAAGGUGCCCUCAUUUGGGGACAUCUGAUAUUUGCCAUCAGGGUCACUUUAGCUUCCAAGGAUAAGCCUCAGCUGAUGAGGUCAACAACACGGUCCCUCUUGGGGUUUGCAUUCUAGGUGCACUACAAAAUUACAAGAGCAUUAUCUGUCUUGAUCCUUCAUUAUGUUUCAUACCACCACAAAUAAAUGCCAAGAUAAUUCCAAAUCAUAGACAAUUAGUGCAAUAUUGGAUUAUGCUAAUGGUUCAUCAGGCUAUUACUUUAAUAGCGGAAGAGCACCUUAAAUAUUACUGAGUUGUGCAUGGUAGUGCAGUUGUGCAGGGGCACUGCUUCAGAUUUCAGGAAGGGGUGAGGGCAAUCUGGACACACACUAUAUAGAACAAAGUUCAGAUAUAUGUGCUCUCCUGAAGGAUGCCUCCUGUUUGAGGAAAAAUCCCACAGAGGUGGAAUAAGCCUGGGGAGAGUAUUUAUGUGCAAUAAAUAAAUAAAUAGGCAAGAUCAUGGAUCAGCAGGCAGGAGGCAACAGUAAUCGUAGUGAACACACAGUGCAAGAGAGAAUAGGAAGAAAGUCGUCAGGACCCUGGACAGAAGCCAGUGGAGCUGGAGUCAGCAGGCAGGUAGUGUUGUUCCAGCACUGGUCAGAAGCCAAUUGAAGGCCGAAAUAAUGCUGCAAGGAGGUGUAUAAUCCACCAUAAUCAACUAGUCAAAAUUGUAGCUCUUUGGUUCUGAAGUGUUCACUUCAGUAAUGAAGAACUAUAUUGGCUACAAAAUGCCAGGAGACUAUGGAGCUUCUGGGAGGGGUUGUGGGGUAACCAAAGACAUCAGCAGGGAGAUAAUCCCAAGGUGGCGAGCAGAGAAAGCAUGGCCUCUGGCAGUUCAUCUGUGGGAUAUUCCCCAGCAGCUGUUUUCCUGAGAUGGCUGAUCACUUUGCAUUGUUUUAAACCAGCGCAUUAAAUUUUCUAUCAAUUUACAAGCCUUGUUGUCUGCAUGCGGAUGCUGAGGCAUGCAUACCAAUUGGCAGAGGAGAGGAAGACCAAGGAAGGGUAGAAGAGAGUGCCUUUAAAGAGUCAAGAUCCACUACCCCAAAUUGCCAGUGGAAGUCAGGGGAGGAGGGAACUGUUUUGAGGGGUGAGUAGGGAGGAAACAGGUUUGCUAUUUUGGUGAUGGAGAAGAUGUGCUUUGGAAGAAGAUGCGGAGGGGAGAGUGCUCUUGUGCUUGAGCCCUGCUUGUGGCUUUCUCCACAGGCAUCUGGUUGGCCACUAUGAGAACAGGAUGCUGGGCUAGAUUGGUUGUUGGCCUGAUCCACAGGUUCUUCUUACGUUCUCAGGGUGGGUGAUUGGGAGGCAGAGGACUGUGGAGAAAAAUUAGGUGAGAAUGGGAGAAGGAGACAGGCACUGAAAUUGGGGUCAGCAGAAGGGGGCAUGAAAAAGGCCGUCUUCUUUUUGAAUCUACCUCCUGCCUCAUCUCUCAAUUCCAUGUUGGUCUCCUCUUGUUUCUUUUAUUAGGUAGUUCCUGUAUCAGGAUCUGAGUAAGGAAUGGCCUCCUAUGCACUUUUCCUUACAACUCCUGCUGUUUUGUUAUGUAACGCUAUUCAUGGUCUCAUUUCAUACUCUAGAUAGUAUCAUUCGGCUCAAAGCAAGGUGUGCCAGUUACAGCUUGUUACCCAGCACCUGCUUUUAAUCUGCUCCAGGAAAUUUCUGUGGUCUUAGUCCAAAGCUCCUUGAAGCCAGCAGGAUCGCCUUGAUUGCCAUGGUCUCUGCCCCCCCCCUUCGGCUUAUGGAUGCUUCACCCUCAAAGCAUCUUUCUCCUAUGAGCUAACUGGUCUUGUGCAUGUCUGAUAUAAUGAACCAGAGUCUGAGUUUUGCAGCUGGCUUGUGAAAAUGAGUUAAGGAGCAGGGAGCUCAAAGGGUAUGUUGUUUGCUGGGGGGUGGGGUGGUGGAACUGAUAAUGCUUAAAGACUAGCCCUGCUCUGCUUCACUGCUUGCAUGCAUCCCCAUGUUCAGUUUUUUUUAAAAAAAACCAACCCAGUUAUUAGAGAAAUACCAACAGUCUUCAGCAUUUCUUCAGCACACAGAAGUUAACCCCUUUCAUAAGUUGCAAGCGGUUCAGAAGCUUUGCUGAGAUUGGCAGAACCUACUCUGUUUUAUGUUGAUCUUGGGUUUUAUAACCCUACCCACAACUGGCUUUGGGGAAAGGCUGGAGGGUGCAGUGGUUGAACUUGCCACUCCAUAAACAUUUCCUAGAAAGGAUGUUAUCAAAUUAAGAAAAACAAUUCAGUGAAAGUAGAUUCAGGUUUAGCAGGAAUGGCAAGUUUGGCUUUAAAAUGUGAAAAUCAUUUCCUGAUUUUAAGGACUAGACUUCUGUAGUUGGAAUAUAUUGUAAAGCCUUCAUAACCUCACGAGGAAGGAUUUGUUUUAGAAACUAGUGAUGAAGUGCCGCCAUGAAGGUGAUUGGGAGGGGCAGCUGCUGGCCAAGUGAUAUUCAGCCUGCCAAGUUUCUUCAUCCUAGGGAAAAGGUCAGACUCCAGAGUAAUUCUGGGGUAGUAAAGAGAAAAUGGCAGCCCAACCUGAGUAAGCUGGCCAUUGUGUCACUGAGUCUUCUGUUAUUUAUGCACACACUCCACACUCAUGUUCACUCAUGCCUCACUGAUAACCAUGUCUAGGCUCCAAAUUGUCAAGGGGCCCUGAAUUUCUUUGCCGUCCUUGUGUGGUUUAGCUCCUUGCUUUGCAAUAAACUUUCUUCAGUGCUCUUCUUUUCUGGACUUGGGUUGCCAACUCUUUGCCCUAAGAUGAUGCCUGGCCAUUUAAAAGCUCAGAGGAUGCACAGAAAGAAGAUGCAGCGGGUGAGGAGGAAAGGCUUCCUUUGUGCAAGGGACAAAUUGUGUGGAAUUCCUCAUGUGCAGCCAAACUUGUGAUUUGUUCUUAUGCAGUUCACACAACAGGUUCAUCAUGUGCACACUCAGUUCAUGAGAUCAGGGCAUAAACACACACACUAGGCCUUAGACAACCUUCCUUAGGGUGGGCUGGAAUGAAAACCAUUGGUUUUUUGUUUUGUUUUUGCAAACAGGCCCAGAGAAGUAACAAUGCCCAGCAGGCCAAGAUAAUAGAAUAUGUUCUAAUUAAAAUCUGUGUCUGGAAAAGCACAUCACAGAGUGCUGCUGCCUUGAUUUGUUUUGGCUUCUGUAAUUUAAUAUUUUUUUUGUUUGAGCCGGUACACUGCAGUGUUAUUUGGAAAAGCACUAAAUGCUUAUGGGGUAGGUCUUGUUUCUGGAUAGAUCUGUUGUUCCGUAUGGGGUCUCUGUCUCUGUUCUCACCCACUCCCAGAUACAGUGUGUCUGUCUGUAUCUUCCUUGAAUGUGGUAAACUUAGGGUAUAUAAGGGUAUCCUCAGCCUUUCUUUCUGGUGUGAAUCUGAUGCACAGACAUGGGUUCAUUAAAGGUAAAGGAACCCCUGACCGUAAGGUCCAGUUGCGGACAACUCUGGGGUUGCGGCACUCAUCUCGCUUUAUUGGCCGAGGGAGCCGGUGUACAGCUUCCGGGUCAUGUGGCCAGCAUGACUAAGCCGCUUCUGGCGAACCAGAGCAGCGCACGGAAACGCCGUUUACCUUCCCGCUGGAGCGGUACCUAUUUAUCUACUUGCACUUUGAUGUGCUUUCGAACUGCUAGGUUGGCAGGAAUGGGUUCAUUGGAGGAACAUUAAAAAAUAAGACUUCCUCCUACCUGCAUUCUAAACUGGUCUUGUCCAAAAUUGUCCCACCACUGCUUUGCGCAAUGUGAAAAUGAUCUCUUAGCUUUAGCUAGUUAGCCCUCUGAAUGGCAUCAUCCUUUCGCUAAAUUCUCUCUCAUUCUUUAGCACCAGUGGAGUGACAGCUUUCUGUACCAAUGUAUUUGUGAAGUGCAGGUCCAUGGCACUUUCAUAAAUGACACAGAGGUGCCACUUAAAAUAUAUAUAUUGAGGCACUUGUUUGUCAGCAGAUCAUGGUGGAGGUGGGGCAUUUUUGAAUUUUACCAUUGCAGUUGCUCACUGGGAGACAUGAAAAAUGGACGGAGUCAUUUCUUUCAUUCCUAUCGGCAGCAACGUUUACACUACAGGGCUAGUCUUGAUCUGGCAGCAACUAGCCCCAAACCUGUAGAAUGAGUUCCUAUCUUCUUUAGCAUAUGGUUUAAAUCAGUGGCAUUUGGCCAGAGUUUGCAGUGUUCAAACAGUCGAAUUCUCAAAAUGUUUCACUGGCAAAAGGCUUGGGGAAGGCUACAAAGCACUCUUUCCAGAUUUCUGCCAGCAGACAGUGGCCAUUUUAGCCCUUGAACAGAAAAAAACACCAGGCUAUGUAGCUCUUGAUGUCUCAUUUAGGAGGGUCAUGAAAAGGACUGUAUUAAUAUUCUCCCUCCACUGUAAUAUGCUUUGGGCCUCAGGUGUGCAAUGAUAAUAUUUCAAACUGAAUCACAGUUGCUGUUUGUGAAGACUUUAAUUAUUGUGGUUGGUGUGUGCAUUUGUGUGUGUGUGGUUGAAUAACUGACAGAGAGAGCUGGGACCAUGAGAAAGGCUUUCUUUUGAGUGGCAGGGUGAAAUUCACAGGUUGCUGAGCUCACAGUUUGUUUCCUGGUGACUGCGCAAGUCUUUCCUUGGUGUAUUAUGUAUGCUGCUUCCUUUUCAUUAAAGCCAUCAAUACAGAUGCUGUUUAUUCCAGGCGGUGUCAGAUCUGUAUGGAAAAAACUCCGUGCAGGGUGAGAUAUUCCUCCACAGAAGUUGACAAUAAGAUGCCUGGCUGCUGUGAUAGCAUAGCUCCCCAAAAUGAGCACUUACAUUGAACUGUAUGUGCUAUUACGUCUUGAUGGUUGAUUCCUUGGAAGCAUUCUGUAGGCUAUAAGCACAUUUGAGACAGCAAUGACGGGGUAAAGCUUUUGUAGAUUCUGUAAGUUAGGCUCAAAGGCAGACUGCAAUUUCCUUCUCUGAUAUGAGCAAGGGGAAAACAUAAACAUAUUUCUAUACCUGCAGUGAAAGUAGAGACGUUUAUAGUAUCCCAAUUGAUCACUGGGCCAGGUGUAGCAAUAAAAAGGCCAGAACUUAAAAGCAAAGGGUCUCCUUGCACACUGGCACUCCCUCUAAUAGUGAAAUCAGGUGGUGCAUGCCGACAGAAAUGGAGCCAAAUUGGUACCACUGGAAAAUGUGAUGGUAGUAUAAAAUCUAAGGGGGCAACCCCACCCCCAAACUCAGGAUUGAAUAUACUCAAUCCUGUGGCCAUAUAAUGUUGAGUCUCAGUUGUAAUUAUUUGUAUACCCAAUUCAUUUCACUGUUGAUAUAUUGUUAUUAUUUUGCUGCUAUUACUACUACUACUACUACUAAUAAUGUAGUUGUAUACCUUGAAUUGUUUUCUUUUUCUUUUUGAAAACCUUGUGUGGCGGCUCUUUCCCUUUAAGUCACUUCAACAGUCUUAAUAAUUCAAAAUUCAGUAGAAAUAAUUAACCAAUAAGAAAUUAUUAAUUGAUUAAUGAUUAUAAAUCAAGUGGCACAUGCAUUGAAGUACUGCGUAAAGGGGAGUUUAUUGAAUUAACUGAUGCCGCUGGUCAUGUAAAUCCACUGCCGCUGAAUAGUUAUAGAUAAUGGGUGAUCAUUCUGAAAGAUGGAUUGUUUGGACAGGUUAUUAAUUCGGUGGUAUCUAACGAAUCCUCAGCCAACAUGGGGAGUGUACUUCAACCUGAGCCACCUAAUUAAUGCAUAACCCAUCUCUCUUGUGUGUUUUUCCAGCCAUAAUGAAAGACGGAACACUUUUAUUCACCCAGUGACUGGCCAAAUCCCAGAAGAGAACAACCAGUUUGACUUGCAAAGGUAGGUCCUCUCUCUCAUUUUGAGCACAAGAGUGGUGGUUCAUGAAGGAGCCGAGAAGGCUUAAGUGUGCCACCUGAGAGCAAAUGGCAUUCUUCUUGCCCCAGAGAUACAGCUCAAGAAAGAAUGGCAAGGAUUUGCUGCAAGGCAACUUCUGAUGGAUGUGAAGAAGCAUUUGUGCCAGUCUUCCCUAACCUGCAGCCCUCCAGAUGUUUAUGAAUAUUGCUUCCAUGAGCCCUAGCCAGCUAUAGUCCAAAACAUCUGGACAGCACCAGGUUGGAGAAGGCUGAGGGCUUGUCCACACUUCUGCUUGUCUCAUGCCUAGAGAGCAUUGAUCCAGACAUUUUUCUGCUUGCCCCAUGUUUUCUAGAUGUGGGUCCAAGUGGUGUUGCCUUUGCUCCACCACUUUCCCCCAGAAUACCUUCGCUUUAGCACUAAUUUGGAGCAAAUAUCCAUCUGGAGAAAGCUCAAUUGAUGUUUGCUUUGAUUCAGCAGUCAACAGUGGGUUUUCCCUGGAGAAAAGCAGCAGGGCAAGUGGAAGUGUAGAAGAGCCCUGAACAAUACAAUGUAGCUCCUGAUAUUGUUGAAGCUGAUGUAAAGAUGCUCCAUUGAUUUCAAUGAAUUGUGACUGUAGACCAGCACCCGUGACUUUAUUUGAGUAUGCAAAUGACAGCAUUAUAUAUAAAUAAACCAGAUGACAUUAUGUGCUAAAGAUACUAGAAAAUAUUUAUUUACUUGUUGUAUAUAGUCGUGCAUCAACAAAUUUUACCUAGGCAGCUUACCUGCAAAAAUAGAAUAUUAAAAAUGCAAAAUGCAGAAAUUAAAGCACACCCACAAACCAGUACAAAUGCAGCAUCAUUCUUUCCUUCUAGCAAAAUAUGCUGAAAUAUUAUGCUUCUCUUUUUGUCUCUCUAUUGCAGAUCUGCCUUGGACAUGUCAAGCAAAUCAGGCAGCAAACGGCCGGCAGCAGUCAACAGUGAAUCAUCCAAUCAUACCAUGGUUUCAGACUUGCCUCAGGAACGACCAAAUGGCAGGGUAUGCUUUGUUCUCUCAUGGAGACCUUGGUUCUUCCCCCCCACCCUUUGUGGCAAUGUUCUGCUUGAGCAACAUGCCCAAGUUAUUUGGGCCUUAAUUUUCUUCAUCUGUAAAAUGGGGACAGCAUUACUGACCUUGCAUUGUGAAAUCCUGAAAGAUAAUUGGCAAGCACAGCAGAUUAUAAGUGACAAGAAGCCUAAAAAACCAUGGCUGCCUUUAUGAUCAUCCAUGGAGCUCUUGUGAGAAAUGGAAUUUCUCAGCAUAAACAACAAAUAUUACCCAAUCUGGGAUGGAAACAUCACUGUGGGUUGGUUUAAAUCAUGGAUGAGGAAUCUGAUAUCCUCCAGAUAUUGUUGGAUUCCAACUCCUAUCAGUUUCAGCCAGCCUGGCCUGUGGUCAGGGAUAUGUAGUCCAACAACUUUUGGAGGCUGGAAUACAGGUUUCCCAUGGUUUGAAUGCUUCAUCUUUCUUAUAUGAUGGGCCUUUUCUAUGUGUUAGGAAAUCAGUGUUCCACCCAGCAUUCCUCAGCCUAACAAACGCUAUGUUAUCCUGUGCUAUUCCUCCUGGAAUUGGUUGUGGUUUUGUGAGUGAUUUCCACAGAGGAAUCUGUGCACUCCAUCAGUAGCCUUCCUUCCUAAACCUCUCUCUCUCAUUUCUCAAAGGCCUCACGCUCCUCUCGGAAAGGGAUUGCUUUUGGGAAGCGCUCCAAUUCCAUGAAGAGGAAUCCCAACGCUGCAGUGACCAAGAGUGGCUGGCUCUUCAAGCAGGUACAUUGCAGAGGUUAUUGGGUACCCAACCAUCAUCUAUCCAUUCAUGUAACUCUAAGAUGGAGAAUCAGUGGUCCUCCAGAAGUUGGGGGACCACAACUCUCACCAUCCCUGAACAUUGGCUAUGCUAGCUGGGGCUGAUGGGAGUUGGAGUCCAUCAAAUAUCCAGCGCCACAACUUCCUCUGUUCCUAAUGUAACCCAAACUUUUCCGCAGCCAAGGACACAAUGUAAAACCUAAGUCUCAACUAUUUGGUAUCCACUCCACUUGGAAUCUUAUCCAAAGUACCACAUGCACUUGUAACUGAGAAUACUGGGCAUUGCUAUCCUGCCAUCCACCUUGCCAGGAUCUCAACUUGACUUCAAAGGUCUUCUGGGUUGUUUAUCUGGAAAUCCCCUAAGGAUUUCAGUGAUCCCUUGCUUCUGCUGAGCUCAGCACCAGCUGUUCCAUCUCUUCAUGGGAAGCUUUUCAAACUUCUACAACUCUUUAUUGCAUACAGUGCUGUAAUGCUGUGUCCUUGAUUUGCUUUCAAUAUCUCUUUACAGGCGAGUUCUGGGGUGAAGCAAUGGAAUAAGCGCUGGUUUGUACUGGUGGAUCGCUGCCUUUUCUACUACAAAGGUAUGUAGAAGAACCAAGGUCUGGUGUGUAGGCACUUUGAGUAACUCACAAGUGCUGAAAACAGUGUGAAAGCAAAGCCAUAAAUUAUGCCUUUAUUUAGUCAAGAGCUUACAUUCAUCUCCAUGCUUUGGCUGGUCUUUUCCUAUUGGAGUCCAGUGACCUGUAUCAGCAAUGUGUUCAUCUGAUGAAGAUGGCAUACAGCCUCUGGAGAAAUGCUGGCAUUUAAACUGGCAUGAGUAGACACAAAAGCAGAUUUCAACAAGUCUCACAGUGAUGUCAUGGGUAAUAACCAAUGGGUGUCUGUGAUACUGGCAAAGUCACCUUCCACAUGAAAAAAGAUUCAUUCUUUCAGGGCCAAAAAGUGUAGUUUACCAGGAAGUGGGACUCAUUAUUUGAGUGCAUGUAAAACACUGCAAUGACAGUGGCACAAUCCCCCUGGGUGAGUCAUAGCUUUGGGGAGGAUUCUUUCUCCCUCCCACCCACAUCUAUGUCCAUUCUGCCUUUUCUCCUGUGACUGUUCUGCAGACUGCCAGCAGACUGCCUCUUCUCCGGUUGCCCAAUUUGCUCAGAAAAUUUCAGCGCAAAAUGAAUCUCAGCAAACAGAGAGAGACAAUGUUGUGUGGUAUCUGAGGGCUGACUGCCCCUUCUCAGUGUUUUAUUUUACUGUUGGAAGAGAUGGACAAAUGGGUGGAAAUCUCUGGUAGAGGCUUAAAGCUAACGCGUACAGCAACUCAGACUUGAUUUGAUAAUGCACUGAGAAAUCCCGUCUCUGGUUGUAUAGCCUUCCAUAUAUCUGGCAUCAGCAUGGCAUUUUGCAGCUUUAGGAGAAGAUUACACAUGAGGCAGAAAAUGUUUGUUAGUAAACAUGCCUCUCUUUCCUCCUCUCUGCAUUAUGGUAACUUCUAAUGCAAGCUGUGUGAUGAUAAACUGUGGAAGGGAAUGUACGUUUCAUUAUGUCUUUGAAGGCCAGACUUGGUACAGCUAUUGCCAUAUUUCUCUGGAGCAGAUGACCUGGAUCAUUGGUUCUUUCUUACACAGAGGAUAUGUGCUGACAUUAACAUUCACACACACACCCUUUUGUCAAUCAUGCUUUCCUCUGAAAAAGAGCUGGCACUGGUCCUUCAGGCCAAAGUUUCGUGAACUGGACUUGUAAUGGUACAAAAAAGUCUAAAGAGGCUUGUGAGGUGCCUUUAAGAUGAGGGCCUCCAGUCCAUGAGGUGUGUGGUUUAUUUCAGUCCUUGGAUGACUGAAAAAUGCCCAAUGAGAAUUCAGAAUUUCAGUGCAUUUUCAUCUUCAAAUAUGUGUAUGUAUGUGUGUGUGUGUGUGUGUGUGUGUGUGUGUGUGUAUUCAGGGAUGGAGGACUUGUUGCCCUACUUGUUGGACUCCAACUCCCAUCAUCUCCAGCCAGCAAAACCCAAUGGCCAGAGAUGAUGGGAAUUGUAGUCCAACAUAUUCUGGAGGGCCACAUGCUUCCCAUCUGUCAUAAACCCACUACAUACGUGGGGGUUACGUUCCAGUGAUCAUACCUAAACCAAAAUCACAUAUAGUCAAAACACACUGGUUUCAAUGGUGGGUGGGAUUGUCAAAGUCAUUUUCCCCAGAACCCUGUCCCCUUUCUCAUUUUGUUUUGUUUUGUUUGGUCAUGCGUGCAAAGCUGAAUGUGCACAAGUUAAAUGUACAUAAGUUGUGGGCUUACUGUACAUUCAUAUAUACAUACAUAUACAGGGUGUGUGUGUGUAUGUAUGUAUGUAUGUGUGUGUGUGUAUAGAUUUUAUAUUUAUAUAUAAAAAUAAAAUCUGCCUCACAACCUUUGGUUCUCAGAAACCUGUUGCCUGAACUCCUCUCUGGCAGUGAAUCUAGAAGGUGGGGAUGAAUUAUUAACUAGACAGUAUUGUGAGCUGUAAACGUAACUGAUAUGUGUGUGAGGGUGCUUGCCGGCCUGAGACAGAGACAGUAGCAGGCGCGGAUGUGACAGGGAGAGGAGCCAUUUUCCCCAGGUACGUAGAUGUGUAGGCCCACUUGGGGCAAUUGUUGUUCUUAACGCUCCAGCUCUUAUUUUGCCAGUAAGGGGAACCCUUGGCUUCUUCUUUCCCACUGGUGGCGGUGAAGGAGCCCAUUUGUGUGAGACCUUCCACAGCGACAGCAUUUCUAGCUUGUUGGCUGAGAGAAGGGGAUGCCUCCGUAUGUGUCUAAUUCUUUGAUCUCCCACCUUCCUUCAUGCAGACGAGAAAGAGGAAAGCAUCUUGGGCAGCAUCCCACUUCUCAGUUUUCGGGUUGCAGCUGUUCAGCCAUCGGAUAACAUCAGCAGGAAAUACACCUUUAAGGUCAGUAAAUGGCUGAGGUUCUCACAGAGGUGGCAGGAUGUUCUUGAAUGCGCAGCUAGAAGUGUGGUUGGAAGCUGGAAGCUGCUCUGCUCUAGCUGUGUGUUGGUAUCAGAAGUGGUCCUUAGGCUCCUCUUAGGCUGUGGCGCUUGUGACCCUGUGAAUUUGGUCCUUAAAGGUGGGCAGGUGACUGGCGACUGAAUGAAGAGGUAUGAGCAAGUUACACAGACCAUAUACUUGUCAAAUAUUACAUGUAAAUAACUGGAUGAGUAUACAGCUCAACUGUUGAAUGCACAGAUACACCGAUUGUACACUUGCUGAAUGUAACACAUGAACACCUCUUUUGUAAGACUUUAUUCCCUUAUUUUCCAAGAGCAUGAUAUCCUAGCGUUCCUUUCACCACUUGGUUAUUUUAAUUUUGGCAACUUUCCUUUGUUGUGAAGUCUCUAAGGGACUGGGACAUGAACCUAGAAGUAUCCACUUCAAAUCUCACUGCAGCUCAACAGGUUUGAAUUUAGGCAAGCCAUUCUUCUAUUACCCUCAGCCUGACACCUAUGCAAUAUGAGAAUGAUAACACGGACCUACUACCUUUCAGGGCCAUUGUAACCACUGCUGACAUGUGUGAAAUGCAUUGGAUAGCUAUGGCUGAUGAUGAUGCUCACGAUACUGAUGAUGGGGGACAUGAGGCUGGGGAGGUUAUUGACCUUAAACACAAUGCAGCCCUCCUGAGGUUGCUGGACUACAGCUCACAUCAACCCUGACCAUGAGCCAUGCUGGUUGGGGCUGAUGGGCAUCGGAGUCCAGUAACACCUGAAAGGCCAUAGGUUUCCUGUCUGUCCCUAAGUAUUGCAACAGGAAGUAAUGAGCAGCACAUUCAGGGAUACCAUCACCCACUUCCCAUUUUCCUUUGGAAGAUGUUCUUUCAUAGAAGUCUUCUGUGAUACUGGAAGAUUGAUCUGCAGUGGUCUUUAGACACAAGACUGAGCUGUUGUUGGAGUUUCUGGUUUUUUGUUUUUUAAAAAACGCAGUUCCGUGUGGUCCCCACCAAGCUGCCUAAGAGAGAUAUUCACGCCCUCUGACUAAUAGCACUGAGGAGUUGUUGCAGAGGGAGGACAGGCCAAAAGGGAAGAGCACAGCAGCUAAAGUACAUUAUUUCCGGAUGCUUGACUGUGGUCCCUCAAGCUUGCUUGCAGGGACUUUGAGGCUGUUUCUGAGCCUUGGCAUCUGAGAGGGAAGCACGUCUUGUUGACAGACAUAUUUACUAGGAAGGCUGUGCGUACAAGCUGGAAAAAUGCUGAAGAGCUGCAGGAGCCCUUGCUGUUCUCAUUUAUCAAACCCACAAUGGUAGUUGGAUAGUUGCUCAACUCAAAGGCUGCGGGUGGGAGUCUCACGUUGGGCAUCUGGGAGGAGGAACACUUUGCUUAAUUUUGAAAUGUUGAAAACUAUUUUGCUCCUCUUCCAUACAUUUUUUCCCAAACAAGAUUUUAAUAUUUAUUUGCUUGUUUAUUUCUAAAAUGGUUGAUUGUGCACAGGGCAUUGUCGGUUGGUGGAGGAGAGGUGCUUUGCCAGUGGACAUCAUUUUCUUCCCUUUUAAUACACAAGUACUCAUGCUGUACACUCUUGGGAAACACUGACCUUGGAAAAUGCUUUAGAUUGUUAAAUAACUUAGUUUCACCCACCCCCACAAAAAACAUUGCAAGGGGCAAGGAAUGGUGUUCGUAAAUGUGCCUUAUUCAUAUAUUUAUCCAUUACAUAUGUAUAUUUCUCUUUCUCCCAAUGAGUUUGGGGUGGCAUUCUUGAUGAACCUCAGAGAUUAUGGUUUUUUCCCCCCAUAUGAGGAUGAUGACUGGACCCAGAUCUCCCUGACCCAAGUGCUGCAGUCUAACCUAGCCUUUCCCAACCUGGUGCUCUCCAGAUGCUUUGAACUGCAACUCCCAUCCCUCCUAGCUAGCACAGACAUUAUAGUCUGAAAUAUGUGGAGGGCAUCAGGUUGUGGAUGGCUGCACUAACCAAUACACCACAGGGGCUCAGCUUCAUGCCUAUUAUCCAGUGAGUGGCUGAAUUUUUCCAAUAUGCAGGAGUGGCACAUCCUAUUUUGCUCAUAUCACAGCCUAAAGCUACUUGGUCUGCCUAUGCUCCUCAGAGUUGCCACAGGUCUGAAUUCCUGCAUGAUUCAACUAUCAGGGGAGGUAUAGCAGGUGCUGAUUAUUUGAAAUGCACGUGCCUCUUCAGCCAGCCCCACUUUGGAAGGAAAGGCUGAGCAUUUGCCCCUUAGUCACAGAAACCUUCCUUCUGUCCUGAUGGUGGGUGAUGCCUCCUCGCACCAGAGCAACAGCAGCAGCUCUCUGCCCUGCUGCACUAGAUCUGGGGGGGAGCAGGUGGGGAGACGAGAGGUGAUGUAAACUUGCCAUCUGUGCAAGGGACAUUGCAGGAAAGAGGAGAAGUCGUUCCCAACCUCUGGCAUCACAUCCUAAGGGAUGUGGCACUGUUCCAGGAGCACCUGCACAACUCCGCAUUGCUGGAAGGGUGUCACACAUUGGUUAUUGUGAGUUAGUUUUGAAGGAUGAGCAAAGAAGAGCUGGGAAGCUUUGCCUCUCUUGCCUGGACCACCAAGUUGCUUUUUGCUGUAACAGCCCAAGACUGAGUCAAUAUAUUUACAUGCCAACUUUUUUUCAUGUGCAGACUCACACAUCCAGUUUCCCUUUUGAAUGAGGGAUACAGAUCCUAAGUCUCUAAACAAUGUGAUCUAAUACACCACAUCAUGUUUCCUGUUUUUUUAAAAAGCAUAAAUAAAUCAGGGACAUUGAAAAUUAAUGAGGGAGAGUUUAGAAACACUAGCUUCAAAUUAGGGUGCUUGAGAGGUCUUCCUACCUAUGCAAAACAAAUCUUAGUAGACCCAAUAAGAUUCAUGAACACAAACCAACCAAUCCAUACAUUACAUUCCUAAAUCAUUUUGUUUAUAGGCAUCCCUUUAGAGGGCUCUUCCAUUAUACUGCAUGCAAGCUACUUACUGCUUGUUGAAAUAGCACCAUAAAGCUCUAGUUCAGAUGUCCCAGGGGUGUGCUAUGCUAUCUAUGUUCUCUUAAUGAGAAUAAAUGGGACUGAAGUGGGACAGGGAUGUUUUAAGAACCAGAAACUAUUGAUAUGUGGGGUUGUUUUUUACUAACAUUCCUGCCUGCCCCAUAGAGGGGGGAGAGAAAAGAAGAAUGUUUAGCUAGAGAUGCUGUGGCUCCAUUAGAAACAGAUGAGCUUUGAAGUAUGCUUGUCUGGGCAUCUUGCCUGCCUCUGGCUCAGAUGUGCGCACAGGGACCCUCUUUUCUCUCUAUAGUGUCACCUUGAGAAGAAGCCUGAGCUUGCCCUCUGGAAAGCUUUAUUGGCACCAGUGGUGUUGCAUGGGCUGUCAGAUCCCAGAUUACUAACAAAGCAAGGAUCCGUUUUAGGGCACAAACAUCUUCAUUUGGGUCCUACCACACCGAGGUUUGAUAAAAAGGUGUUGUCCGACCACUCCAGUGAAGUAGGGAUUUGGGUCACACUUACAUGCUCCCCUCAGCCUGGAGAUACUUCUAAGAACUCAAUGUGCACCCAUGCUGCCGAGGACUGGUGAUACCAUUAUUAAUGAUCUGUUGAGCACUUUAGGGUAGGGAACCUUAUAGUUGGGUGAUAGGCAUCCUUAUGGCAUAUUAUGGGGCUGAUUACCAAGUAAGUAUGGCUUUCAGUCUUAGAUGCUGAUUCUUGUAGCAUCCCCCAGAUCCAGACAUGUGUUGGUUAGUAAGGUAGCAGAGAAUAGUCUCUGAUUGCUUCUGUGUUUUGUUCCUUUGUUUAUUAUUAAGGGGGAUUAGAUAACCAACCCACAAUAAAGUUUCUCGUAGGAUGGAUAGACUUAGAUUGUUCUGAAUAGAUAGACCUAAAUAGUAUUGUUCAUUUCCAUCAUCCCACAUUCAUGCUGCAAUAUUGUUUAUGGCAUGCCCUGCUGCUGCAACCCUUGCAUAUCUGCAUUUCCCCUUGCCUAGCAGGAUACUGGCUCAGGCCUGUUCCAUGGGCUGAGAUGGAGAGGAAUCGGCUCCCUCAAUUUUCUAUUAGAUUAUUUUAAGCUCAGACAGGGCCAAUGUGAUCCUUCAGCCUUAGACUCAUAAGGCAUCUGGCAUGUGCCCAGUUACAUAGGACGCUGUAGUAUACUGAGUCAGACCAUUUGCCCAUCUAUCUCGGUAUUGUCUACAUUGACCGGCAGCAUCUCUCCCAGAGUUUCUGGCAGGGAACAUUCCCAGCCCUACCACAGAUGCUGGGGAUUGAACCCAGGACCUUCUGCAUGCAAAGCAGAUGCUCUGCUGCUAAGCUAUGGCCCUUCCAGUUCUGCUUCAGCUUCCCUUCCACGGCAGUCAACUCUGCUCCUGCUACGCUUCGCCUGCUUGAGACUUCUCCCCAUUGGAUUGCUUGUUGGGUGUGGCUGACCUGUUCUCUGUCUCCCCUCUUUUUCCGCGUGAGGAUGCCCCUGGACAGGAGAUCUCUUCUGAUAACCCGUCUGCAGUGCCAUCACCCAGGCACCAAAUAGGUAGUAUUUUCCUUCCUUUUCCAAACGCAUGCAUGCCAGAAAGGAAAGAUGAAGCUUGGAUGAGUGCAAAUUGCCCCGCAUGCUUUAUUCACCUCCAAUCAUUUCCCAGAUAAAACUGCAGUGAGGAAAUCCUAGAUUUCUUCAUUAGGCUCAUCAAACACCUAGAAAUUCGUAAACAAUGGAGACUGGUGAAAGUACAGAGGUAUGUAACCUAAUGACAAUGCACAAUAUCUGAAUAUGUCUGCCUUGUGUUAGAUGUCUUCAUAAUAGCCAAGCUUUCAGACCUAAUCCUUGGCUUUUGGUGUAGAGUAUAUGUACUGAAGAUAUUGAUCUGGCUCAGCAAAAUGGCAGUCAAGAAGGCAGAUUUGCAAGAACCCUCAGAUUUCACUAGGUUGAUGAGUGGCCACUGAUCAUUAACCAAAGCUGAUGGGCAAAACUAAAUAAAUGAAUAAAUUGUGCUGUACGUUUCUUCUGAAAUACAUUCAACUGAAAUAAAAUAAUAAUAAAAAUCACAAAGAGGGGAGUUUUCUUACAUAAUGAAAACCAAACAAAUGUGAAAGACACAAAACCAGAAAACUGCAAGAAAAACUAUUUCAUACUAUAAUACAAAAUAAGGUGUUCAUGAUAAAAGGAAAAGGAAAAGAUCUGGAAAGAUUUCAGUGUCAAUUGAAUGGAUAUGUUGCAAAUGAUAGAAGCGUCAACAAUAAGCUGGUCCAAUUUGGGUUAAGAGUUUGGAUUGGAAAUAUUUUUUAUCUGGGCCUGGAGCCAGAUUAAGGUCCAGCCUAGCAUGGUAUUCUUUGAAGAUGUUGGGUGCCAAUAUCUCAAUGCUGUACAAGACAUGUCUUUGUUUUCUGCAAGUCUUCAGCUCCUAUAUACACCUCUGAGACUAAGAAUCAAAGCAGCAUGAUAUAUAAAAACCAUUUCCUAGGCUUUGCUGCACUCUAGCAAGACGGGAAAAUGGCCUCUGCUAAUAAAGAGGGAUCAACCCUAAGCGGCUCUCAGUGAUUUCUGUGGAGCAAAGAUCGACUGCAUAUAACAUUGAACUGGAGAAGAUGUUUGAUGACAUAACAGAGAAGUGGGGGAUCUUGUCCUUCACAUCAGACACUCGGGUAAUCCAUGGUGUGGGAGUCAGAUUUAUUACUCACCCCCAUGGUGUCUUUGACUUCACUGUUGGAAGCCCUGAAAUUAGAGGCAUUAUUGUGGUGAAAGCAUAAUAUCAUGGGGAUCACGCAAAGGAGUGCAGCAUGUUUCCAUGUACAAGUGGCACAUAUAUCCUUGGAAUGGUGCCCUGAUAAUUCCUGCCUCUUGAAGGGCUUCUUCCUAUAGUCAAAUAAAUAUGGCCAGUCUGCAGUUGAACUAUUGGCCUAUCUAGUCCAGCAUCCUGUUUUCACAGUGGCCAAGCCGUUGCCUGUUGGAAAUCUGCAAGGAGGACAUGAUCGCUGCCCUCCUGGGGUUACCAGCAACUGGUAUUCAGAAGUGUUAUUGCCUCCAGAUUCACCUCCUCCAUGUCUAAUCCUCUUUUCAAGCCGUCCAAGUUGGUGGCUGUCACUGCCUCCUGUGAGAUAAGCAUUUGGAAAGGAAUACAAAAGUAUUUUCUUUUCCUAUGUUUCAUCAGGAAGGCAGAUUUAAAUACCAAGGUGGUUGGAUCAGUAGAUCCAUAGGAAAUCUCACUCUUGUUUUGACUCAACAUAGGGAGCUAUAGUUGACCCUGACUCCCCAUAUUGUUCAGUUAGUCUCCAGCCUCAGUGACUUUUUAUAGAGGAGGGGAGACAGUGUCCUCCCAUUUUUGCAAUGGGUGAGACAGCCAAAUCAUUAAAAUGUAAAGGGAUACACACCUCCCCUUGUUUCUGGCCACAGUUAAAACCAUUGCCAUUAGUUUAACAAGUACUCCAGAUAAUAUUAGGCAUCAUACCUUUUAUUCAGUAAUGAUGCAUUCACUUUAAUUUAUUUGUAAAACUUCUAUCCCACAUGUCACCAUCAAGUAAUCUCGGGGUGGCCUUACAACAAUAAAUACAUUAAAACCAUCAGAAAACAUUAAAGCAGCUAUAUUACAGCAAUUCAAAGUUGCAACAGCAUUCCUCACCAGUUCUAGUUUACUACCUCUCCAGAAACCUGAUGGAAAAAAGAACAGUUUCAAUUCCUUGCAUGCAUGCACAGGUGUACACUGAUCUGGGGUGAUGGGUUCUAUGUUGAAGUAGAUUUUUGCAUGCUAUUCCUCUGCUGCAUGUGGACCCAUGCAUGGAAACAAGUGUGUUGGUGUUGGGAAGGGGGGGGGUGUUGGUAGGCAGGUGGGAGGGGCUUUUUCCAUCAGUGGGGCUGGGGGGUGGGGUUGCAUGUUGCUGGGUGGGUUUAGUGAAGGUGUCUCUGGAUAGGAAUUUUGACCUUUGGUGUCACUCCUGUGAUUAAGCUGCUCUGAAACUGGGAUUUAUCAAUAUAUUAAAAGGCAAAUUUUCCAGCAUCCUGUUCUCACAGUGGCCAGUCAGAUGUCUGGGGGAAACCCCUCCCCAGCAGGAUUCAAACACAAAAGCAAUCUCCCUCCUGAGGUUUCCAGCAACUGGUAUUAAGAAGCAUUGUUGCCUCUAAGGAAUAGCCAUUGAUAGCCCUCUCCUCCAUGAAUUUGCCUAAUCCUCUUUUAAAGCCACCCACCACCACCAAGGACAAAUGCAUAUAAAGCUAACCUAUAGCCAUUAUGGCCUAAAAACAUGCUUUUUCACUUCAAUUUUCCCCAGCUGAAAACUAGAAAAUAAAAGUUUGUUGAAACUAUAGUAGCCAGUCCAGUAUAUGCUGGAAAUUAUGCCAAAUGAAAGAUUAUGCCAAUUUCUCCUAUAAUCCUUGGUGACCUCAAGCUAAUGCUGCAGAGACUAAUUGGUGACUUCUUCUCUUCUCUUCUCUUCUCUUCUCUUCUCUUCUCUUCUCUUCUCUUCUCUUCUCUCUCCCCUUUCUCCAUUUCUACCUGCUCCACAGGUGACUGUGUGCUGGAUGGAAGAGACACCAGGGAAUAACAAGAAGUCCCUCUCUCCCCAGGCUGAGCACGCAGGCAUCCGGACUUACUUCUUCAGUGCGGAGAACAACGAGGAGCAGGAAUCCUGGAUUCAAGCCAUGGGCGAAGCUGCCCGGGUGCAAAUCCCACCUGCUCAGAGGUCAGUUGUUGUUGUUGGGGGGAAUCUAUGUAGCAUGUGGUCCAAAACCAAAUGGCGCUCUCUAGAUGUUGUUGGACUAUAAUAGUCAACAUCCUGGACCAUUGGUCAUGAUGGCUGAGGCUGAUGGGAGUUGCAGUCCAAUAGCAUCUGUUCUGAGAGAUCUCAGUUGGCAUUAGCUAUGUCUUUGGAAAACCAGUAAAGUAAGAGCACCCAAAUUUUUUUGAUUCCCCCCCCCCUUAAAGCAUCAAAGUAGUCGUCAUGGCAAAAAUCAGAACUAGGCUAGAUUUCCUUACAGUCCACUGUAUAAUCUCCCAUUUUUAUGUUAUCUUUUUAUUAUCCCCACCUAAACCAGGAGGGCACCCUACUAACUUUUGAUCAAAAUAAUGCAAGGAAAGCAGAUACCGUCAUCUGUUGCAAUAAAUUAUGCUUUACUUUUUUAUUACUGUGAAAUUUUAUUUUAUGGGUUAGUAUUGUUUUCAUUUUGAAUUCGGGAGGUACCAUAAUCUUUUAGUGCUUGGGACAACUGAAGGUCUUAGUCCAGCCCGGGUUGUUCUAUUGCGUUCAAGUCACAUAGUUUCUCUGCCUCUCCAUUAAGAUGUUUCCUCUGGUCCUUUAAAUUUGUGAGACCAAGUCAUCGUUAUAAAUAAGGUUCACAGAUCCUGCAGAAAAGUAUGGAAACUCUCUAAAAUAGGUAACAUUUAAAAGGCAUUGAGGCUCUUUGAAUGGGAUGACAGGAAACAUAGCUUUGGAGGUCUUUAAGCAACUUGAAAAAGAAAGCUUAUUGGGAGAGUACAAUGUCUGGUUUCUCUCCCCCCCCCCCUGCAGGGGCCAUAUCAGAGCUGCAAAGUUAGCAGCAAUGUGCUUUCAGGAGGCGAACUAGAAUCAUUCAUAGGCUAGAGCGUAUUUUCUAUGUUGCUCGGUAUGAGAGCCAUGACCGUUUGUGGCCAUUUCUACUUUCCCAUGCUUAUCAGGCACGAGAAGACUGAUUCUGAGAACAUCCCUCCCAGCAGGAACCACCAGCACCACCACCACCGCAGUGUCCCGACCAGAGAGGCUGCCAAAGCUGAGCCAGAAGCCAAGACCAGAGGCGAAGGAGACGGGCGUGGCUCUGAGAAGAUUGACAGGAAAACAGAGCGAGCCGAGAGCAAGAAGGAGCCUCUGGUGAAAGCCAACGGCAUUGGCAGCCAAGAAAUGCCCUCUGAACCCGGAAGCCCUUAUCCUGACGCUUCCCGUCUGCCUGCUGGAGUGGAGAGGCCCACUCAGCCAAAUGGCUGGCAGUACUCAUCUCCUAGCCGGCCAGGCAGCAUGGCCUUCCCACAGCACGAUGGUGAGAGUGCUAUGCCUCGUCGGAGUUUUGCUCCACGCACCAAUCCUGAGAAGAUUGCCCAGAGGAAGAGCUCCAUGACACAGCUGCAGCAGUGGGUGAACUUGCGCCGUGGGGCUCCACCUCCUGAGGAUCUCCAUAGGUGAGGUGAUUCAAGCUAGGCGUGGAUAUAGCUUUUCUGAGAAUUAAAUAAGGGAGGAAUCCCACUAAACACAAGGCAUCACAUCUGCAUUACGCACUUAUAGGAGUCUUAAGAGCUAUGGCUUCCCACCCUCCCCCAAGGGUCCUGGUACUGUAGCUUGUUAAGGACUACAUUUCCCAGGAUACUUUAGGGGAACCCAUGACUCUGAGGGAUCAUCCACACUUAUACCUUUUGCCCCUUGUUUUCUAGGUGCAGGUCUGCGCUUUAAAGCUCCAUGUCCAAACACUUCCGCCCCCUUUUUUUGCCACAUCGCUUUCCCUAUGAAAUCCCAUUCUUUAACACUGAAUCAGAACAAAUGGCAAUUUCAGUUUUCCACAGACUACUAUUUGCUCUGAUUCAGCAGUAAAGCACGGGCUUUUGUGGGGAAAGAGGUGGUUUUAAAUGUAUGGUGUGGAUAUAAUCUGAGAGAAGGUGAGAAAGUGAUGUGUACACUUCAGGUUUAAAUCAAUAUAGUUAUUGUGAUUCUCCCCUCUUCUCCCAACCAGAGAGUCCUAGGAGGACUGUAAGUGCUGAGGACAUUUCGUUUUUAACUGUCCCAAACCAUGUGGCAAUUCCACAUGAGAGUUGUAAUAUUUGUGAAACGGAUUGGCCCAGUUGUGUGGAGGAGGCUGUUCAUCACAGCGCUACGAAUCUGCUGCGCUAGCAUGGGUGGCUCACAUGAUACACAGUUACAGAGCCCUCUUGUAUAACUGCUUCCAUUGGGAAGUGUUUCUUAUGACCUCCACAUGGAGGCUGCAACAUUUGAAUCUCCCCUGACAAAGAACCAGAGUUUUAACACAGCAGGCAUCAUGGCUUUCAUCAGAAUUGAACCCCUUAAUCCUCAGUAUGCCUUUGAUUUCUUUUUUGAAAAGAAAAAGAUACACACUUAAUACUAUGUUACUCAAGCAGGCAGCUCAUUUGCAAAGAAAAUAUGUGCAGCCUUAAUGAUUAAUAAGGAUAAUAAUUCGUGACACACCAGCAAACAGCAUUAAUAGUGAGAAGAUAUUGUGCCAUCUCUGCUGUUUAAACUGCAGUAUAGUUGGAGGGUAAGAGGGAACCACUAGGAUGUAAGUAUGAAAAAUAAGAUCUGCACUAGAUUUAUAUCCACUGCUAUAAUAAGAAAUCAGUCGAAUCAAAAAUUAAAAAAGGAGUGGAAAUGUUUUGAUGAAUAUAUGGCAAAAUAUUGCUCAAAAAAACAUACGCUAAUAUGCCUUGAUUAAAAUGUGAAGUACUGGAUGGAAGAAAAAUUAGUAAGGAAAGAUAAUAAUAAAAUAUAGAUGAUUUGAGAAGAUUGUAGAAUGCAAAGAUUAUUGUAAAUUGUAUAAUGUGGAGGAAAUUGAGUGGGGGCGGAGGGAAGUGGGAGGAAGGAGAAAAGAAUAAUAUGAUGGAUUGAGGAAAUUGAAAUGUAAAGGUAUGGGGGGAUGGGGAGGAAAUGGUGUUGGCUUUGGCACAUCUGUAUUGUGAUGCAAUAUGUGAAAACCAAUAGAAAAAAAGAGAAAAGAGAGAAAAAUAAGAUCUGCACUAGAUUUAUAUCCUCUGUGGAUUUUGGUACAGAGAUAGACAGAUGGGUAAGGUAGGGCAGAUGAUGCUGAAAUUGCUUUGCAAACUCAGGGUUUGCAUUCGUCGUCCUCAUUCUUUCCUUCUGGCCGUCUAGCCCCACCAGGUUCUACCCGAUGUCCCGAAGAGUCCCUGACUACUAUCCCCCCUACUCACCUCAGUACUCUGAAGAUUACCAAUACUACCCUCCUGGGGUGCGUCCUGACAGCAUCUGCUCUAUGCCUGCCUUUGAGCGUGUGAGCCCUCAGUGGACUGUCGACGACAAGCGCCACUCCUUCCGCAACAGCGGCUCCUACCAGCUGCGGGACUGGAAAGAGCAGCCAGGCUACGGCAGGCAGGACGUUCCCAUCUGGAUGUCAGGCCCGACCCGGCCACCCGUGUACUAUGAUGAAAUGGAUGCCGCCUCAGGCUCCUUGCGCAGGAUGUCCCUCCAGCCUCGCUCCCGGUCGGUCCCCCGCUCACCGAGCCAAGGCUCCUACACCCGAGCCAGAGUGUACUCCCCUGUCAGGUCUCCGAGCGCCCGCUUUGAAAGAGUGCCUCCCCGGAGUGAGGAGAUUUAUGCGGAGCCGACGACAUACAUGAUGAGGCGAUCGGUCAGUUCACCAAAGGUAACCCUCCCUCGCGGUCUCCGCUCCUACCCUCGGGGCUUCUCGCCACUCUUUGGGGGAGUACUGAAGCUGUGCACUGAGGGAACAUUAGCACAGUCUUAGUAACCUAAUUGUUACCUGUGUUUGUAUAUGCUGUGUACUGAGACUGAGGAGUAUUAGGAAGGGUGAGGGGAAAUUACCACGGCAGGAGUGGGAAGGCACACUAGCUUUGAUGAAGGUGAGGAGAGGCAGUCAUGGGCAACAUCGUUUUUUUCUGUUGAGGGCUGCAUUUCCUCAAUGGAUUACUUGUUGUGGCUCACGUGCCAGUGUUGGGCAGAGCCAGAACUGAUGAUGGCUGGAGCCAGAGACAAAACUAUUCUGGAUUAACUGAUCUGGAAUGGAGACCACCCUGCUUCCUCAUGGUUUAGAAUUCCCAGUUCAAUGUAUAUCUAGUUAGAAGCAAGCCCCACUGCGUGUGAUGGGGUUAGGCAAAGGUAAAGGUAAAGGGACCCCUGACCAUUUGGUCCAGUCGUGGCCGACUCUGGGGUUGUGGCGCUCAUCUCACUUUAUUGGCCGAGGGAGCCGGCGUACAGCUUCCGGGUCAUGUGGCCAGCAUGACUAAGCUGCCUCUGGCGAACCAGAGCAGCACACGGAAACGCCGUUUACCUUCCUGCUGGAGUGGUACCUAUUUAUCUACUUGCACUUUGAUGUGCUUUUGAACUGCUAGGUUUGCAGUGAUGGGGUUACUUUCAAAUAAACAGAGAACUUUUUUUAGUACCAAAGACCAAUGCAGCCACUGCUCCGGAAAGGAAGUAAGAGUAAUUCUUACCGAUAUAUUAUUCGACGGUUUAGGGAGGAGAAAAGUCUCUCCCCCAAGCCAUACAACCAGAGGAGAAGUUUUUAAAACAUACACAUAUGAAAGAAAGUACUACAUCUUCCAGUUCUGUGUUCUGAAACAACACAGAAAGAGAGCAAAACACAAAUGCCUGAAAAAGGGGAAAAAUGGAUAAAAAGCAUGGAUGGAAGAAUGGGGCAGCUUCAGGAGUCAACAGAGGGGCACAUAAUAGGAAGUCACAGGUUGCAUGUUUUCCUAAGGCCACAGGUUGCUCACCUGUGAGCUAGAAUAAAACCUUUAUUCUUAAUCUCUGACAUGUCAGGGCUUCUUCUGGCCACUCAGCAGUCCGUAAAUGCUCAGUCACAGUCUGUUUUUAUUUCACUUGUCCCAGAAAUAAAAAAAUAAGGGUCUGGGCGAGACUCAGUUGAAACAUGAGGUAUAGGGGAUUCAGAACUCCCAACUGAAUUGAGGUACUGGAGUCGCAUGUUCAGGCUAAACAGAACUGGCACGUUAACUGUGCCAGGAGACAUGUUGAAAAGGUUGCUGGUGAAACUUUAGAACAUUUUUCAUUGUGCAGACAAAUAUUAGUGAAUAUCAGGCAGAACUGAGGGUGAGAGCAGCCCAGGAACUGAGUGGCAUUGGAGGUUCCAAGGGUAGGAGCCUGGGGAAAAACCUGCCCCUUCUUUUCCUCUUCUCCUAACAGAACUGUACUCCCAGCUUGUAGAACCAACUCCUCUUUUCCAAGAGCAUCUUAGUUGUUCUUAUGUCUAGGCCACAACACCUUGGCCCUCCUACCAUUGACCUGUCCCUCACCCUGACUGAAUAACCCUGGGCAAUUCCUUUGCCUUGCCUGUUGUCUCCAUUGUGAGCUGUGCCAACUGUUCCAUAUUGUGGGGAAAGGUAGCGUGGACUAUGGUCACCCUACAGUGAUAUGAGCCUUCUUCAUGCAUGUGUGUGGUUUCUUCUCUUUCCUCAGUAUGAUUAUCUGGGUGACAGGAGGCCUGUCCCUGCAGGAAUGUUCCCCUUCAACUAUCCAGCAUCCCCUACGGUCCACGACAAAAUGGUAUGUCCCAUUGGCAUCCCAGCAUUCCACUAGGGAUGCUGGGUUUCCUUCCCAAGGUUGGGAUCUAAUUCAGAGGUGGGGUGAAGGAUGUUAUUAUGCAAUGGGCAAUUUCUUCCUGGACAUGAAACCACUGUCCUGUAACAGUCAUAUUCUCUAGUGUUUCAGUCUACAGGGAUAUGUUAGCUGUGUGAGACCAGCAGUGUGAGACCAGUCUGGAUAUGUAAUACACCGUGACUAUGCAAACUGACAGAUAAUUCUGUUGAAGACAGGGCUGCCCUUUUUUGGCAGAGCAAGGAGGGAAAUAGGCAUGUGAUUUAUAGAGAUAGUGAAACAGCUCCUGUUCACACAUUCAGCCCCCAGUUUUUACAUUUGGUGCUUCAUUAGCAUCCUGCAAGAGGAGUAGCAUGUAAUGUAAAAUGGGUCCACCCACAGUUGUCCAGAAGCAUCAUCCACGUGAUUCUCCUUUUUCCACAAUUAAUAAAUAAAAAGGUGCAAUCAGGAGUUAAAGCAGGGGCUUCAUUUCACAUUACAAGCUACAUCUGCAUGGCAGAAGGGAAGCCUCCAUCCUGGCUUGCUCACCAGGCCACUGUGGAAUAUAAACUGAGGCACAGUGCUCAUUGCUGCUGCAAGCUUAACUCAAACAUUUCCCUUUAGUGAUCAUGAGCUGCUGUUCAGAGUUUUGACCUGGCAUGUGAUUUGAACUCGAUACCAUUUUGCUCCCCUAAAUCAGGGGUGGGGAACCUGUGGCCUUCCCAAUGUUGUGAGACUCACAUGAACCUCGGCCAUUGUAGCCAAUAGUCCAGGGUUGAUGGGAGCUUGAGUCCAAACAACUUCUGGAGGACCACAGGUUCCCAAUCCCUGUCCUUAAAUGAGCAGCACCUUGCCCAUUGCUACAGUGGCAACCAUAAUGCAGAAAAGGGCUUGUUGGAAGAGCACAUUUUUCCUCUGGGAUUCCUCCCCUAUUCCAAGGAUGUAUUGCUUUGGCAGCCCAUAAAGAAGAAAUGAAGAGAGCAAAAGCCGGGGCAGCAAUACUGGCAAGCACUGCCAGAGCUUGCAAUCCUCCAGUGUAGUUUCUGGGACAGUGCAAAAUUGGGUGAGCUUGAAAAGGACAUGCAGAAAGCCCUGUUCCCUGUUGCUGGCUGUCGUUUCUUUCAAUGCUGUAUUUUCCUCACUCCUUCUUGCUUCUCUCUUUUGUUUGGUUAUUUCACUGCGGGGGCGGAUCCAUGUGGUGGGGGCAGAAACCACUGUGAGUGGGACUCUGCCAAGUGAAACUGCCAACUUCCAUUUGCUCCAUGCCAAGGUUCUUGACCCUGCCUGACACCUUUCACCUAUGAGAGCAACCAGUAAUUCCUGGACUGGAUUAAGGUGCCCUGCGGAACAGAUUCUAGUUGCACGGACUGUUGCACGCAGCUUCUCCCCUCACUCCCCCUGCCUUCUCACCAGCUAUGCACACAAAGCAGAUGCAUGUGGCUGAACCAGGAGUGCACUGAGAUGAUCCUGGUAUCACCGAGCACAUCAUGGACAGUCUCUCUUAUAGCAGGUGCUCUGUCCCCAUCUCCAGCUGUUUUGGGGGGUGGGGCGAAUGUCUGGUGGCAGGAAAAGAUGUGGAUGUCGGCGCAGGAUAGCUCCUUUGAAAAAGCAGCGCUAGCAGUCUGGACUCUUUGGCGAUCGCUCAUUCCUGAGCAAGAUUGUCUACCAUGAACAUGGUCUUAGCGGUGUGUUCAUAGGUGAUUGUGAAGGCCAGUUCUGGAUCCACACAUCCUUCCACAGUGGGGACAUAGGUUUCUGGGUGGGAGUUGAUCAUGGUGAGGAUUUGCCAAAUGUGCCUUCCUCUUAGCUCGUUUCUUCCCUUUGUCCUGAGUCCAUGCUUUUUCAAAGUCCACGAUGCCUUUGGUAAAGGCUGUUCUCCAAUUGGAGCAUUCCAGCAAUCUGGACACAUAUCUGUUAAUUACAGACACAGAGCUCAGGCUGCCCAGGCCUGAUAGUAAAGCUUCUGUGUGUUUAGAAAGAGACAAAUUGUUUCCAAAACAGAUCAAAAUAAUUUUUGUCUAUAUCUGAGAAGUAGUUUACCUGGGUCAAAAGCACACUGUUGGUGUCAUGCUUGCAGAGAAUAAUGCACAGGAGCACCAUUUUUGUAAGGGUCCCUUUGUAUGCUGCUCCUAACUUUCUUGCCAGGUGAAGAAGCUGUAGGGAGAAGCUGUAGCUAUGCUUGCUGUCUUGGGUGAUAGCUCAGUCAUAGAGCAUCUGCUUUGCAUGCAGAAGGUCCUAGGUUCAAUCCCUGACAUCUCCAGGUUGGUCUGUGAGGGACCAUGUCUGAAAUCCUGGAGAGCCAUUUCCAGUUAGCAUAGAUGGACUAAUGGUCUGGCUUGGUAUACGGCAGCUUCCUGUAUGCCUGUAUCUAGAAUAGGUAGACCAUCCUGUUUUCCCGACGGACAUCCACAUAGAGGCUGGAUAGAGAUUGAGUAAAAGCCAAUUUGCAUGACCCAAAGUGAUGCCCCAGGAAUGUAGACUGAGUAAAUCUGUGCAGAGUUUGACGUGUGCAGAAUCCGCUGUUUGUUUCAGCGCUCUUCCAGCUUUCAGCUCAGCCAGUUUUUACUGCACAGUUGCAAAGCCAUUGAAAGGGAUGCUGAGCUUUUGGAAGAGGCCAUAUGCGUGGAGCCAAUAGCACAAUCCCUUCUUCCCCUGCAGAACUCUGAAUGGAUGUGCUGAGCCCACGUUCUCAACAUGCCAGCCUUGGCAUAAAGACUGUAGAGCAGUCACUGUGGACGAGAGAAUUUCCACCUAAUCCUAGGCUUUCAAAGCCAGGUGCCUUGCUGAGAAAAAUGUGGGAGUGCUAACUGCGGGGACAAACUUCUUGGUAGCAAACUUUGCCUCUGCAGCAGGAGUGAAUUAACAAUUCUUAGAGGCCUAUGCCACCAAUAAAACAGAUUAUAAUAAUGGCUUAAUGGGUAUUACAGGUGCUACAUUGCAAUGAAAAGUGAGCCCUAUUUGGAGCAAAUGUGUGUGGGCUUCAAGUCAGAGGGGGCUUGUGCACCCUUCAUUUCAGACCUUCCCAUGUUGGCAGGAGGACUAUAGCUCAGUGACAAAGCAUCUGCUUUGCAUGUGGAAGGUCUCAGGUUCAGUCCCCAGCCUUUUCAGGUAGGACUGUCUGAAACCCUGCAGAGCUGUGCAGAUAGAACAGAGGGCUUAUCCACACUUACCUUUUGCCAGGCACAGGUGCUCACUUUAGCACUCCAGGGCCCAGCAUUUUGUUAUUAUUUCUGUCUCAAACUUUCCCCUCAAAACCCUGCUCCUUAAAACUGAAUCAGAGCAAACACCAAUUCGGGUUUUCUGCGGAUCGACGUUUUCUCUGACUGAGCUUUUCAAAGAGCAGGUUUUUGCAGGGAAAGUUCUGGAGCAGGAAUGAGAAGGCACUGGGACACAGAGCUUUAAAUCGUGGACUGUGCCUGGAAAGAGCGGAGGAAAGGUGUGUAUAAGCCCUGUGCUAGAUGGACCUGCAGCCUAACUCAGCAGAAGGUGGCUUCCUCAUCUGGAAGGUCUGAAGAGGAACUCUGAGUGCGUUCAGUUGAACAUGCUGAGGAUCCUCCUUCACGCUGCAUGUGGGAAGGUCUGCAGUGAAGCCGGCACACGUGGGACUGUUGGAGUGAGGCUUGUGUGUGUGUGCAUACCCCACCCCACCUUUAGCCCACAAGCGUUCAACCCAGAUACCCUCAAAGGGCUACAGAGUCAAAAGAUUGCAUUCCUUACUGUUGGGGGAGAGCAGUAAUAUAUUUUACCAGCUUGGUGGCCUACUCCAGUGGCCUGGAGGAAGGUAGCAUGGCCCUCUUGUUAAUCCACACCUGUCCAGCAGAAGGCGACACAUGGUAUGGGGACAGAGCACUGUCUAUAUGAGAAACUGCCAGGAUCUCCCAUUGAGAGUCCCUCUAAGGCAGCCUUCCCCAACUGGGUUCCCUUGCAGAUGUUGUGGAUUACAACUCCCUGUUGUUGCAGUCUGAAACAUCUGGAGGGCACCUGACUGGGGAAAGCUCCUCUAGGGAAUAUGUCCUGGGCUAAAAGGACCGCUGAGCAGCCAUCACUCACCCCACCCACCUACCUGGAAAAAAAACGCUUGUGAGGCUGACUGUUCCCUUUCCUGUCUGGGGAGCUCUGUGCCUCUCUCGAGCUAAGUCGCACCUAACUGCUUUUGCUUCUUCUUUGUUUUUGUUUGUUUUUGUGUUUCCAUUUUGCCGCAUGCCUAAUGGCUCCUGAUAGGAUGAACUUUUAGACCUUCAGUUGCAAAGAAACCUAGAGUAUUUGGAUCAGCAGGUAGGCCAAGCUGGCUGUCUCCCUCUCACUGCUCCCACCACAUUUUUGCCUCUUGUCCUGCAACCCCCGCUGCCCCCUCCCCAGCCGUGCUGUCAGGUCAGUGUUGCCUUUUCCUCUCCCCUUUACCCUUCCUCCUCCCCAACAUCUGUCCCUCUCCUUCUCUUGGCAUUGCGGCAGCACUAGCGGGUCGAUGUGGUUUGUUCCCUACAUCUUUCUUGUGGACAGUGACACACUUGUUCGUGUGUGUGUGUGUGUGUGUGUGUGUGUGUGUGUGUAGGGAUGAAUUGGGGAGGGACAGCUGCUUUACUUGCUUGGACAUCUAUGGAUUCUGCUGCGCUGCAAUUGCAGCUGUUAUUACUGCCGUAUUUGGUGAUUGUUGUUGGAUUUCUGUGCAAUGUUCCAUACUAGUCUGCAGGAUGUAAGCAGGAUUUAGGGCAGGAAUAAACUCUGUUGAUAAGAGAGUAAUCAUGACUCUAGAACUCUGGGUGGCAACCUAUGUGUGGGUUUGGUUUUCUUUAAUGUGAACUGUAUUUUAAAUUUAGUUUGCACUCUGCCCACUGAUUCAUUCCAUCCCAAGCAGGGUUAUUUUAAAUACAACACUCAGCGCUGUCACAUCAGCACCCAAUGCUCUCGUGCAGUUGCUGGCAAGACCCGUUGGCACCAAUGCCUGCUUUGUUCCCUCUCACUCUGGCCAUCUUGCCUUCACGUUCCCCCAGCUGCUGGCUUAUCUGGUGACAGUGGCUUGAUCUGGGAAGUUGCCUGUGUGUGUGUGUGUGUGUGUGUGUGUGCAAAUUUCCUACAGUGACAUGGAGUGCCUGAUGUAGCGUAUGGCCCUAGGGCUUCAUGGGAAAUAAAAGCAGCAGGUGGCUUUCAUUCAAAUAUGGAUCUUGUAUCCAAAGAGCUAAUGCAUUUCAUGUUGGUGGCAGAAGACUAAAUAUUUCUUAGUAUUGGAUAAAUACUGAAGGAGUAACCUUAGAAAAAUGGUAUUGAAAAUUAUGCUUUGUGGCAUCUACAGAAUAUUAAAUUCACCCUUUGAAAGUAAUGAGAAGCCGAGACAAUACAGAAUAUUUUUCUUGACCCGGAAACUACAACUAAUCCAGAACGCGGCAGCUAGACUGGUGACUGGGAGCGGCCGCAGAGACCACAUAACACCGGUCUUGAAAGACCUACAUUGGCUCCCAGUACGUUUCCGAGCACAAUUCAAAGUGUUGGUGCUGACCUUUAAAGCCCUAAACGGCCUUGGUCCAGUAUAUCUGAAGGAGCGUCUCCACCCCCAUCGUUCUACCCGGACACUGAGGUCCAGCACUGAGGGCCUUCUGGCGGUUCCCUCACUGCGAGAAGCCAAGUUACAGGGAACCAGGCAGAAGGCCUUCUCGGUAGUGGCGCCUUCCCUGUGGAACACCCUCCCACCAGAUGUCAAAGAGAACAACAACUACCAGGCUUUUAGAAGACAUCUGAAGGCAGCCCUGUUUCGGGAAGCUUUUAAUGUUUGAUGUAUUAUAGUAUUUUACUAUUCUUUUGGAAGCCGCCCAGAGUGGCCGGGGAAGCCCAGCCAGAUGGGCGGGGUAUAAAUAAUAAAUUAUUAUUAUUAUUAUUAUUAUUAUUACUAUCAGGUAUGAUUUUUAUAAAUGUGGAUAUGGGAAGAUGAGUAUCAAUACAAAGAAAUUGAUAAUGACAGAAACUUUGAAAAAUGCCUGCAUUACUGUUGAGCAGUAGAUAUUCCUUUUUGUAUUUGGUUCAUUGGUCAUUGUUAAGUGUGCAUUGUCAAGGUGUGCCACUGGAUGACUGUGAAGCCACUCUGAGAACUGUAGAUCCACGAGGGAAAUUGGAGUCUCCUAUGGGGGAAGCCAUGACUGUUUAAAGUGAUUGAUGUGGCUUUAAGUGUAUAGUGCAUAUGGGGCCUUAGACUUUGCCUAAGCCAUCUAAGUCAGUCCAUUACAACAUAUUGUGGCAGUAAACCCCAUAGUUUAACUGUGAGCUGUGUGAAGAAGUACUUUGGUGUGUCCUGGAUCUUCUAGCGUUCUGCUUCAUUGACCUUCCCCAGGUUCAAGAAUGAUGAGAGAGGCAGCAAAAAAAGCCUUCUCUCUAUCCACACUAUUAAGUUUUAUACUCCUCUGUCAUGUUUCCUGUUACUCAUUUUUUUUUCUAAACUAAAAAAUCCUCCAAUUAUGUAACUUUUCCUCAUAGGAGAGUUUUUUCCAGCACCAAAAUGGAAUGGGCAGCAUUUCAGAGAAAGCUUCCUUGUAAGUCCUGGCCUCUCACCUAGCAACCCAAAUUUCUCUUCCAGGAUCACAUAAUAACAUUUCUCCUUAGUGUAUAUGCAGCAUCCAGAUUACGUGUGACAGGCAGACAAGUUACUGUGUGGUCCACAUUCCCAUCACAAACUCAACUGCCUAUGAGGCCAGUGAUAAAAACUGCCACUAACAAGAGACCCCCAGAAAAGUGUCCUCCAUAUGAUAGGAUGACUGUUAGUCCCACAAAGAAUGUGUCCCUCUUCAACGAUCAUUUGCCUCUUCCUCAGAUUGAAGCUUUUCUUCCCCAAGACCAUGAUUCUCCAUUAUAAUGGAAGAGAUGGCACUGUGUGAGUGGAAUGCCAUUAUUACGUCUACCAACCACUCUGGCUCUCUCAGGUCAGAUACUGGGACCUAAAGGGAACAUACUUGUUCCCUGAGGACCAGGAAGUCCUUGCACUGAGCGCACACCCAUGAUCUCUGUCCAACAUGCACAUAGUUGCAUGUAUGACAUUCUGAACAUCCCUGCUGGCUUUCUACCUGCAUACUUGUUGCAGGAUCAUAGGAUUAGAUAAAGAAGGUAGAAGGGGAGGGAGGCAAACUAUCUGAUCUUUUCUUCAUGUCUGUUCCCAACAAGAGUCUGGCUGAUCAGGUGAAAAGGUGCAGAUGGCACAGACGGGGGGGGGGGGAGGAUGUGACCCUGGUGCUUUCAGAUUCCAUGGGUUCCUUGGGAGUAAGGCAAGUGAAGGUCCACAUGAAACCUUUAAAGGUGAUGACCUUUGAAGCCCUAAACAGCCUUGGUCCUGUAUACCUGAGGGAGCGUCUCCACCCCCAUCUUCCAGCCUGGACACUGAGGUCCAGUGCCAAGGGCCUUCUGCUGAUUCCUUCGCUGCAAGAAUUGAGGUUACAGGGAACCAGGCAGAGGGCCUUCUCGAUAGUGGCGCCUGCCCUGUGGAACGCCCUCCCAACAGAUGUCAAGGCAAUAAACAACUAUUUUACUUUUAAAAGACAACUGAAGGUGGCCCUGUUUAGGAAAAUUUUAAAUGUCUGAUGCUAAUAUUCGAUUGGAAGCCGCCCAGAGUGGGCGGGGUAUAAAUAAUUAAUAAUAUAAUAAUUACCUUUUGCCUAUGAAACAGUUUGGGAGACUGAUAAUAGUUUGUCCAUGAGUGGAAGUGAGCCCAUGAGUUUAUGUGAAAUUUCACUUGUUGGAAUAUGAGAUCAUUUGUAUGGGUCUGUGAAUAUAUCAAGUUUGCAUAUGGAGCCUUCCCAACCUUGUGCUCUGCAGAUGUUUUGGCUGGGGCUGAAUGGGAGUUGUAGUCCAAACCAGCUGAAGAGCAGCAGGUUGGGGAAAUCUGGUAUAUGACAUUGCGUACAUACUCAGCUAUCUGACUCAUUUAACCUUAUCCAACUUUUGGAUAGUCAAAAUUGGGUUACAGUUUGGGAAAGAACAGACCAGGGUGUUUUUUAAAAAAAAUAAAAAUAAAAUCAUUCAGGUCAGGUACUUCAUGUUUAAAAAACAGGGACAAAACAGAUGGUUAAUCUGAGGUAUUGAAUAACUAAGCAUCAGAUAUCCAACAUAUAUGUAUUUUGUGUGUAAGAAUGUUUAAGAAUGUAAAGGUGUGCUAACCAGAGAGAAUGGUUCAGUGUGCAUAUGAAAUGUGUGCGGCGGGGGCAGAAAUCAAUAAUAUAAAACCAUUUUUACCAUAAUGGUUUUGUUAAAAAGCAACAAACCCAUGAAUAUAAAGCAGCUCAGUAUACUGUGAUAAUUCAAAUACCAAGCAACUAACCCAAACAGCCUUCCCCACAAGCUUUGCCUUGAGCUGAAACAAUCUUUCAUGCACAUUUUGUCAUGUUAAGGGACACUUGCUGACCUACCCUUAGAGAAACAGGGAAAGAAACCCCUUUUGGGAGAACAUCAGUAGACGAGAUUAAGCUGGAGAUAUAUAUAUAUAUAUAUAUAUAUAUAUAUAUAUAUAUAUAUAUAUGAAAUCUCAUUGCAAGUGCUGAUGGAUGUCUGAUGCUGGCCUGAAAAAGUCUGCAUUUCAAUAAGCAAGCCUGCUCCAGAGACAAUCUCAUUACAUCUUUGGAGUCAGUAAAUCCCCCAUCAGUAGAGUAAUCAUGAAGAUGUGCUUGUGUCUGUGUUGGACUGAAGCCACUGAGGAGGAGGCGGCACUUAAAAGUGCUCUGGGUUGGGCAGCCGUUGUUGAUAGUAGGCUUUUCUCCCUAUAAAAAAGGGUUCUUCAAGGCUUUCCAUUUCUUUCUGUUCCCCUUCUGACCCACAGAGAAAGACUGAUUUAAAACAGCACAAUGAAAUGCAACAUCAGAGCCCUAUUUGUUUGUUAUGCCCUGGUGCCUUCUGUUUGAAAGUGCAUUUUGUGUGCGUGUGUUUAGAGAGAGAUAUAGCACCAUCAGCUUCACUUGACUAAUGGAGAAGUAUGUCAGCCAAAUAUCAUCUGACUCUUGGGAUUUUUCUUUAAGCAACUGUUUUAUUAUUAUUACUCCAUUCCAUAAAACCUUAUGGAGUUGGAAGGAAUUACAAGAACACACACACACACACACACACACACAGUAGUUCCAGGCACACAUUGCUUCUUCCCCCCUUCUUCCAGAAUCAAUCUGUGUAACCUAGGCUACAGUGUGCUCUGAGCAUGAAGGGGAUGCACAGUGGAAGGAACUCUUCAAAUCAAACAGCUCCAGAUGAUUCAAGCAAACAAAGGCACGAAAACCAAACAAACCCUGGAUCAUUAGCUAAUGUGUAGUAGCCCUGGAGGGAGGGAUUUAUUAUCAAGCCCAGAUACGACAACCAGUGAGAUUUUGUGCAUGGACAAAAUCUCAGGCAAAGGCCGGUCCAUUGGAUCAGCUGCCUCCUCCUUAGCUUGAGCAUCACCAAUUAGCUGGCUCUGCCUGCUGGUUGCUCUGGCUGCACCUACUGUUGGUCUCCUUGUCUAGUCCUAAUGGGCACCAGCCUCCAUUGGAUAAAACCCACCCCUCCACUUCAAGUGUAUCCUAAUAAGGAAACUAUGAAUCCUCCUCUGCCAGUCCUAAAAUCCUGAAAAAGGGAGCAAAGCAGAUUCCCACCAGGAGCUAGAGGGGCUUAUAGAGACUGGCUCAACUAGCCCUGCAUGUCUGGGGAAGAGAGAAGAGGAGGGGCCUCUGGUCAUCAAAGAAAGUGCUCCUGUUUAAUAAGCAGAAGUAGCUGUUUGCUGAGUAAGCCCCCCUCCCAGCUGGUGGUCUUUUCGUAGGUGCAUUCUGCAAAGCGUUCUCAACACAAUAAUAGUGCAUGAAAAGGUAAAGGGAUCCCUGAUCAUUAGGUCCAGUCGUGACCAACUCUGGGGUUGUGGUGCUCAUCUCGCUUUGUUGGCCGAGGGAGCCAGCGUACAGCUUCCGGGUCAUGUGGCCAGCAUGACUAAGCCGCUUCUGGCUAACCAGAGCAGCACACAGAAACGUUGUUUACCUUCCCGCCAGAGCGGUACCUAUUUAUCUACUUGCAGUUUGACGUGCUUUCGAACUGCUAGGUUGGCAGGAGCUGGGACCGAGCAACAGGAGCUCACCCCCGCCGUGGGAAUUUGAACCGCCAACCUUCUGAUCGGCAAGUCCUAGGCUCUGUGGUUUAACCCACAGUGCCACCCACGUCCCUAGUGCAUUAGCAAUGAAUUUAUUCUGCUUUCAUUUGUUCUUUGAUGCUGCCCCUUGUUACCACUUAAUUGCUAUCUGGAAGAGCUAUAGGGCAACAAAAGCAGGAGGAAAAUGAACCAGGGUGUUUGUUGUAUAACAAGUCGCAGGAUUUCAGUGGGAAAUUACAGCAUAUGCGCUGAUCAGAAAUGAUGCAGGUGGACUGCCACAACACUUCCGCAGGCACAAACAGUGUUGAAAGUGGGACAGCCCUGGUAUCAUUAUGAUUUUGCUUAUUCAUUACAUUUGCAUCCCACCUUUCCUCCAAGAAACUCAAGGUGGUGUAUAUAGUACUCCUCCUCCUUGUUUUAUCCUCACAACAACCCUGCAAGGUAGAUGAGGCUGAGAAUCAGUAACUGGCCCAAGGUCUCCUAGUGAGCUUCAUAGCCAGGUGGGGAUUUGAACCCUGUUCUCCCAGGUCCUGGUCCAACACCUUAACCACCAUGCCACACUGGCUCUCAUUUGUGCUCUUAGGAGCACAAAUCAUCGUGAAUGUGCAGUAUGUAUGUCUGGCGGGACUAAGCCUCACUGGGAUUUCAAAGCAGGCAGAGGGAGGCCCAAACAUAUCUUCACUCAAAGUCUGCCUUUUGUAUCAACAAGGUAAAUCUUGUAAGUACAGCUCCACCCCAUCCAUCAUCCUAUUGUUAAAGGCUGAAACUGAUACGACAUGGGAGAUCCAUGAUCAGAUUUCCUGAUCUAUAUAUAAAAUAUCUCCCUUUAAAUCAUCUGUGGGUGGCUGUUUGGUAGGAGCAGUAGUACUGAGGGAGGGGGUGUUUAAACUUUUGAUCUAAAUCCCUCCCCCCCGCCAAGCUGUUAUUAUUAUGUCCCAAAAUACAGCUUUGGAUGGGUGUGUGAUUAGGGAAAUUGCCUAGGGGUUGGGGGGUUGGGAUGAAACAUUAUUUCCCCAGCACUGCUACUCCCCUGUAAUGUGAAUGGGCUAAGCAGAGGGUGUUAUAUAUGAUACACCCGUGUGAUAUGCCUCUUUGGGAACUGUAGGGUGAUGUUUUGCCCCAAUCAUUUCUUUUUAAAAUCGUUUCAUUGGCAAGCCCUUUUGCAUGGGAAAGGAGCAACUCCAGAAAAGUACAUGGAGGAUUUCCUCCAGAUGCAAAUGGUAGUUAGAUGAGUGUUUGUGAGAGUGUAUCAAAACCAUGUUUUGUUUGGAACUAUGAGGGAAGGAGGAGGAGGACUCAAUUCUUCCUCCUUGCACCUCUGUAGUGGUACUCAGGCUUCGUUUCUUCAUGAUCCACCAAGUGCACAUUAAAUGCAGCCAUGCAACUAGCAUCACAUCUUGUUUAGCCCAGUAAUCACUCUGAACAUGGAUGUGCUUUUCAGUCCCAUGGACUUCCUUUGGGUGUGUGACAUCUGUUCUGAGGCACCGGUCUAGGUCUUAGGUCUUUUCAGAUUUAUAUGUUAGCGGUCACACGUGUUCAAGGCUGAGCUGCAGUGGCUGUGCCUCCGCUAGCAUCUUGACGUUUUUCCUUCCUUGUCUGCCGCAGAUGAGCGAGAGCGAGACUUUGAUCAGUAUGGUGAACAGAAUGGUGGAGAGCUCUUCCCCUAGGGCUCAACUGUACAUGCAAGUAAGACAUCACAGCAGCUCUGCCAUCAACCAUGCCAUUCCAGCUGCUUUUGCAUGGCAGAACCAUUCCCUAGUGUCACCCUUCUGCACCUCACAUCCGCAUCCAUUUGUGAGAUGCCCAUUCAACAUCUCAUUCUACAAACGACAUUUAUACAUGGAGUCCAAUAAGGCACCUGUGCCCCUGCCUGACAGUGAUCCUAAUUCUCUGACGAAUUUUAAGUCACUCAAAAUCCACAUCUUAACCACAGGUUGGAGGCAGAUGGGACCCUCAACAUUUGUGGAUCUUAAUCUCAGCUGCAUCAACAGCUCUGUGCCACCUUAUGCCAACCUUUCUCUCUCUCUGUUCUCUGUAGAUAAGAUAAUAAAUGCAUAUAUGGCUUAGGUUAAAACCUAAAACUUUCAGUUAUGAACUGCUUGUCAUGGCUUUUGGGGCUGGAGAAAAAAGCCUAUCAAUGGUUUGUGGGGGUGGGGGAAGACAAAAUUUCCUCUUUCCUUUCUGGUAUUCCUUUUGCAAAAUUUAGUGCACCCCUGGAAAAUGGUUAGGUAUUAAUAUUAGCAUAUGUGAGCCAAGACGCUGAAGCAAACCCUGUUUUUAGUGCAUUGGAAUUUGUGAAGUGGGACACUUAAGUUUGCAUUGGUAUCUCUUGCUAAGGGUAGAGAGUCCUCUACCUUUUCCCACACCCUUGCCCCAAAAUAGUUUACUAUAACAAUCUAUGUGGAUAUGCUAGGAUAUAGAAUAGGAUCUAUCUAGGCUCCUACCCAAGGAACAUAUCCGUGCAUCAGAUCUAGGGAGAUGCUCCCUCCACAGUGGGAACGUCCACUGGUAAGCAAAAUGAUCAGCUUCUGUGCUUAAUUUUAUUAAAGGGUCAUCAGUACCGAGCCUUGGAAUUUACCGUAAUUCAGAAAUCAGUGUUGAGCUUCGGAACCCACUUGUUGUAAUUAUUUGUAUGUUUUAAACAGAGUUUAUAUAUGUAUAUAGUUUUAAUUCUAUUAAUUAUCUAAUUGUUUUUUUAAUGAUUGUUUCCCCCCCUCUAACUUUUAGCAAUUCUUGUUUUUUUCCUGUAAGCCACCUUGAGUCCUGUCAGGGAUAAAGGUGGGGUAUAAAAUAGAUGAUGAUAAUAAUAACAGUCAAAGCCUUCCAUAGCAAGUGCUAGGCAUGUCUAUUUUUGUAGGAUCUCCAUGUUGGCAAGAGAAGAUAAUGCCUCUGAGCCAUGUGGUGAGCGCCACUGGGACCAGUUCAAUUGUCAGGAUUAUCAGUGUUCAGAAACUUUGUCUUCCUGGCAGGAUUGGGAUUCUUCAUUUGUCCCAUUAAGCAAUACAGUCGGUGAUAUCAUCAUAGAAGCUGCAUCUCAUUGCCGUUGCAACAAGCCAACCACCAUCCAUUUAUAUCUCUAAAGCUUCAGUCAUCAUUUGGUCACCUUUAUCACCAAAAUGUACUUUCUGAUGCAUUUGCUACUCUUUGUAUUGUCCAGGCAGACUGUAGCAGAACAGGCUAAUGAUCACUGGUUAGAUGAGAUCUUUGACUAAGUUUGGGGAUGGGUUCAGCACUGCAUUACCUGAAUUUGAAAACAGAAUGGCAUGUUUGAUGAGACAUUGUACCUCCUAUCUCCUGCUUUGUUCACAGCACUGUGCCAAAUUGCCCCAGAGAGUAAGGAUAUUCUGACAGAAAAGUGCCACAUAGCUAGAAUUUGUCUAACUCCAGCUCCACCUGGGGGUGGUUUUCACCUCCUGAGAGAACGUUCUAACACAGUUUCACAUCGGUGCCUCGUGAAGAGUAGUGGCCUGCACUUCUUACACAUAGGAGCCAACUCCAAGGGACCAAGGUCCCUUCAGCCCCUCACCCAAUAAUAUAUUUUUUUACCCAAUAAAAUAUUUGAGGGGUCUGCCUACCCCUCCAAGUUGAUGGGCAUUGCCAUUCAAGUGGUGUGCGAGUGCCAAACCUGGUGAUCAAUUAAGUGUGGCGGGGCUUACCCACCUCUGCUCCCAAUAUUUUAUUCAAGUUAGCUCUGCUGUCUUUACAUAUUGAUUAUCAGGGUACAUAUAAAUAUGUGAUUAGCACAGAUAAGGGAUAGCUGGAACUGACAUGAAAUCUAUGCUUUCCUUUGUUGUUUCAUAGGAUCUGUUCAGUCUUAUCAUUCCUCUCCUCAGGAAAAUUGUGUCCCUACAGCAUUGUGCCAAGUAAUAUAAAGCAGUCACUUACUGGGCAGAGCUUUAGCACCACCAAGGGCAAAACAAUGUUCUUAAAAUUAUAAAAUCAGGCACUGAAGAUACUCAGAUACAAUUACCAUUCUACUUUCUUGCAGGCUGUGUAGCCAAAGCAAAACCAAGCCCCUCCCUCUCUCACAGGUCUCUCUCGCUCUCUCUCUCUCUCUCUCUCUCUCUCUCUCUCACACACACACACACACACACACCCAUAUGGUCACGUGACAUAUGGCAAAUUAGAUUCUGAACAGGCAUCUUUCCAUUGCUUUUAGCUACACACACACACACAGAAAACAGCAACCACUUCCUACUUUAUAGGGGAAAAGGUAUGGCUAGUGAUUUAAUGAACUCAGCAGUUAUUGCUCAAUUAUUAUUUUUGAGGAAAACGAUGCAAUCCAAAACAUUGUCCAUUACAUUUCAAAUAGGGCAGGAUUUGAGUCAGCAUUUAGAUUUGAUCCCAGCUGGAAUCAACAAGAUUCACAAGGGGCCUCAGACAAAGAUCUUUCCCGGUCCUAUAUGAGAUACCACAUAUGAACCUGGGACCUUCUGCAGGCAAAAUAUAGAAGCACAUGCCUUGCCACUGAGCUACAGCUCUUUUGCCUGACAAUGAAGGUGAUAACAGUGUUACAGGUGCUACUUAAAUGGAGAGUGACAUCUGUAGCAUGGUACAUCAUGCUCACGUCAGAGACUUUUCUCAUAUCACCACUCUCUGUGUUAGAGGAGUUCCUGUUGAACAGGUUCUGCCAACUAGCAGUUAAGAACUUAUUUUCUCUUGAUGUAUUAUUGUAACAUGGUAGCUUGCUUGAUAAUAAUAAAACUCUGGUUCUGAUGUGAUGCUUUUCUUCUGUGCUGGAUUGCAUCAAUUCUAACCAGUGCCCUCCUGUGAUACUCGUACACCCCUUCUGGGUAAGUACUGCUGGAUAUAUCACUGUUCCAGAGGGAAAUGAUGCAAAGCUGAGUUUUGGUUUUAUGAAUUCACACCAAAGGCCAAUGCUCUAAAAUGGCCACCUUUGACCUGGCUUUCUCUCUGCAUUAGUUGUCCCGUCUGUAAAAUAGUGGUUGCUCAUAAGCAGGGGAGCUGGACAUUGUGUGAAGAACCUCAAAUCUCAACACUGCAGGGCUUAAUCUUGUGAAAUCUAUUACCCUGGGCUUGUGCAGCUUUGAAAUUUGAAGCAGGAAAUAAACUGGGAAUAAAACCAGAGGGUGGUGGUGUCUGACUAUAAUUCUGGAUCAAUGCAAAGUCUCAAGUUGAAAACAAUACAGGAUCCUUCCGUGCUCUUCUUGAAGUUUCUCUUUAAUCCAGCCUCCCACUUAUCCUGGCCUCUCUGUUUCCUGAGGACAGGACUCUGGUUACCUGUUCAUCAGCCACCCUGUUAUAGCAACAUACUAGACAUUGGCCCCUGUGUGGCAUGUAAAGAUCUGCACUGCACAUGGAUAGCCAACACUGCUUUUAGGCCUACAAACCCCAGCAAAAAUUCUUUCUGGUCUUCCUUGUGUGCUAUACACUAGCUCUGCAUAUAUCUAUUAACUAAGUUUGUGUUAGUAGAUAACAUGGAGCAGCUAACUUUUGGACCAUAGCAAUUAUCACAUUUAGGGGAACUCCCCCAUCAUCAGCCUGAAUUCUAUGAGUGCCGGGCAGGCCGGGGGGAGGAGAGGUCACAUUUUAAAAUCUAUUCACAAUUGCAGUUGCUGCGAUUGUGAAGGUGAGCUGCUGUUUAUGGUAUGACUGGCCAUGUGUAAUUGCUUGGUGAUCUGUAACGUAAUGGAGGUUGCAUGUCUAACAUGCAUGCAUAGUAGAAUAGCUGAUUUGCUCAUAAUCUGAGCAACUGCCAUUAUAUAUAUAAUUGUUAUAAACUUGACAUCUGUGGGGAUAGGAGAAGGAGCAAGUCUAUGCAGUUAGGAAAAGAGCAAUUCUCUCACUGCAUAGUAUGCAAGAGCUGCCUCCCUUGAUGAGAUGAAAGACAGCUGAUUUUGAAAGAUAGUGAGGAGUCUGCAGUCUAAGCUGGAUAGAUCCGUGAGAACUGAGAAGCAGAAACCCCCAGACCACAGUGAUGGAAAUGCUAGACAGUGUGUGCCUUUCCCUUCGGUUAUUCUACCCAGUAAAUGUUGCUUAAUUAAAAAAGACUUGGUGAAAGAAGGUUGGGGCUUGAGCUGCAGGACCUGAAAACAUGGAGGGCUUCCCACCCCUACGCACUAAGCAGAAGCAGCCUUGGAUUUCCCCAGGGGCUUGUCAUGACAUGUCAACUUCAAAGGCGGAGAGAGCAGGAAUGAUUUGUUCCUGUUUUUGCAGGUGUCUCAUUUCCCUGAAGCCUAUAGAGAGUCGCUGCACACCUACAAGAUAAGCGAGCAAGAUACAGAUGUAAGAGCACCUCCUCCCUCCCUCCCUCCCUCUUGCCUGUCUGCCUCUUCCAUCCCUCCUUACGCUGCCACCUCUCCAUUCUCCACCCCUUGCAGGCUGUGCCUUCCCUCUCCAUUUUUCUUGACAUCAUUAAACAGGCAUCUAUUCUGCUAGUGGAGCUGCAAGGUCCCAAGCACUUGUGGCCGCCAUCGUUCACCAAUCCUGGGCUGUCGCUUUUCCUGCCCCAUCCUCAUCCAUUGUACUCUGGGUUUGUGUUUUCAUGCUGGCAUCAUUGUUUGUGAGUCUGCCCUGCUCGGAUUGUGUAGCCCCAGCAACCGAGGCUCUAAUACCCGGAGGCCAGGUUGAGAUCUGUUCAAAGCAGAUGAAUGCCUUCUACCAUGUGAACCAGGGUGGAGGACCUUUAUCCAGCUGGAGGGCCACUUUUGCUCCUGAGCAACCUUAUGGGGGACACAUGCCAGUGCUGGGUGAGAACAAAGGCAAAGGGUGGGUGGAGCAAUGAAUCCACAUAUUUGGACAGCAGGCUAGUUCCUACACACUUGCAUCUUUUUCCACUUGCAAUAAUCUUUAUCAGUGUGCAAUGACACAUUAUUGGGGGGGGGGGGUGGACACCCAAGAAGAGUGCAAGGCAGGGCCAGAAGGGAUGUGGCUGAGGAGGGGAUGUGACCUGGGAAGAGUCCAAGAGAGACUUAGAGGGCUACAUUCACUUCCCCACCCCAGACUCUGCUAUGAAUCUUAUAUUUCGCCUUUCUUUUCUCUGUGUCCUCCAUGAAAGAAGCUCCUGGGAAAGCUCUGUGAGCAAAACAAGGUGAUGAGGGAACAGGAGAGGCUGGUGCAGCAACUUCGUGCAGAGAAGGUAAGGGGCGUGUAUCAUAGCACACUUAAUGCCAUAGGCAAGCUGCUUUCUGAUUUUUGGCCAACUUUCCAGAGGCUUUUUGAGGCUGGAACCUUAUUGCAUUUGCUAGGCUGUGGGCAUCAUCAAGAGGUUGUUAUUUUUGUGGCAAAUGUUUCCAGUUUCCCCAAAAUAGGAGGCAGAGAUGCUAAAAGUGGCCUUUGUAGCAGGAGUAUUGCUCAUAGAGGGCUGUAUCCAACAAAGUCAUCCCGUUGGUACAAGGACUUCUGCUGUACCUCUCUUCUUCCUGUGUGCCUCCCCAAAUCUGCUUUCCCCCCAACCCUGCAGAGCAGGUCUGGGGGCAGGCACAUGAGGAGAGAAGUGGGAGAGGAAGUCCUAUUGCACAGGCAGAAAGAAAUUUCAGGAAAAUGUCUUCAUGCAACACCAGUAUGUAUGUGUGGUGGAGGUUAUUGGGGGGGGGGGAGUGACCAAGUGACCUACAUCUCUGAAUGCUGUGGAAGAAGGCAUGUCUAGAUAUUCAGGCAGAUGAGCAAGUCCAACUCAGCCUGCACCUGAACUUUAUAGCCUUCAACCCAGUUCAGUUGCAAUAAUGCUUUGUCCUACAGAACAAGUGAUGGUUUUAGAAAUAAGACCCAGAAAGGCUGAAUGCCCCAGGCCAGAAAAAGAAUUUUAACUAUACCCUAGUCUGCUGAGUUCCAGAUUGCUUCCUAACCAUCAGCUUAAAAAAAAAAAUUCCUUACUCUUCUCUUCACUUAGGAAAGUCUGGAGAGUGCAUUGAUGGGGACACACCAGGAGCUAGAGAUGUUUGGGAGCCAACCAGCCUACCCCGAAAAACUGCUGCACAAGAAGGAAUCCCUCCAGAACCAGUUGAUCAAUAUUCGGGUGGAGCUGUCCCAAGCCAGCACGGUAAUAAAGAAAAUGCCCUGUUUAUUUUUGCAGAAAUCCCAGACACUCAGGAGCCUUCAGGGAUCAAGAACAAUGGUGGUGGAGGUGGUGGAGGGAAAAUACAUACUUGGUCCCUGUUGAUCAAGUAUAUUUGACCCAUCCAAACAUGCACUGCCACUACCAUGCUCAGCUGUGCCCAAUAAGCUUGCUGUUAAAUGGAGCAGAGAGCACAGCCCAGCCUAUGGUUUGUGUGCAGCCUGCAUGGCAGAAUAGUGCAAAGGCUGCCCUCUCUUCUGGCUCUACAUGGGCUUUGCCCUACAGUAUUUAAUGCUUCUGCAGCAGCACGAGCUGCAUCAGUGGAGCCUGUGUCUCCAGCUGAGCUGAGCCUGCAUGGGCUGCCUGCUCUUGUUGCAUUGCCAACGCUGGUGCUGCAUGUGUCAGGGGAAACCUGGGGAUGAAGAGAGGAAUGCUUUGUGGGCUUGGCAUUGCACAAUAAAUCUUUCUUUUGUCUCUCUGUUUCAUUUCCUUUUUCUCUUAUUUAAAAAAAAAGGAAGAGAGAGUGAGAGAGAAGAAAGCUUCUUUCAGCCCAAUGAGAAGGUGCAAUAGCACCCAAAUUGAACCCCUCUGGUUCAUGAGUGCAUGCUGUGAGUUUGCUCUGUGCAAAACACAUGGGGAGAACUGGGGAAAACCUCCUGUUCAUUUCACUUUGAGUGAAAUCCUCUUUUCUGUUCUCAUUGUACGUCCAUUAGCUUCCCCCAGCGCACAAAUAUCAUGCCAGUUUGUGUCUUCCAGAAUGCAGCAAUUAAAUGCUAGCAUGGGAAGCAUACAAGGGUGAUCUUUGUCCUCCAAAGAAGCUAUUUGGAAGACAACAGUUUCUACCAAUGCAGCUAUCGCCUCCUAGGUGAAGAUUUACUCUGUACUGUGGUGCACAGCCAGGCUGGGCUGGCAUCCAAAUGGAUGGCUCGGUAGUUAGUUAGCGUUUUUAAUAUUACUUAGUACCUCUGCACUCCAGGGACAUGGAGAGGAGAUUGCAAGUGAGUGUGUUGGUAUCUUGAUGGGACUGUUUGCAAAUCCCCACAGGCUUUGGCCAACAGCACCAUAGAAUAUGAGAACCUGGAGGGUGAGGUGUCAGCCUUGCAUGAUGACCUGUGGGAACAACUGAACUUGGACAUCCAGGUGAGAGAACGAAAACUCCAGACCACCUGCGUUUAAGGAAAAUGCUAGAGAAUCCAGAGCAAAACUGAGCACAGACCUGUGGGGAUGUCUAAGCAUUUGUUGAUAGACAGAUUUGAUCAUGGUUCUCUUCUUAUAAAGUUGUAAACAAAAGAAUAAAAUAUUCUUUUGUUCAGUGGUUCAGUGGAAUAUUCAGUUCAGUGGUACCUCAGUUUAAGAACAGUCCUGUUUAAGAAUGAUUUGGUUUACAAACUCUGUUAAACAUGGAAGUAAUGUCCCAGUUUGCAAACUUUACCUCGGUCUGAGAACGGAAUCCAAAUGGUGGAAGAGCACCGGCGGCGGGAGGCCUCAUUAGGGAAAGCGUGCCUCGGUUUAAGAAUGGUUUCGGUUUAAGAACGGACUUCCGGAACGGAUUAAGUUCGUAAACCGAGGUACCACUGUACAGUUAUCAUUUCAUAUAAUUAAGCCAUCAUUCUCACACAUCCAUCCUUAAGAAAUACUAUUGGACUAUUGGACUGGGCUGCUAUUCCUAGAUGCAAGUAAAAACAUCAGAGCCAGAUUUUAAGCGUUAUGCAUGUAUGUGCACCUAAAAUACUGUGCACUACUGCCAUGACCAGUCACACCUAUUAUGCAUGCACAAAACAAUUAUGUGAAGAGCUGGCAUGUGGUAUUUAAUGGACCCAUGUGCAAACUUUCAUAUAACUACUGGUGUGCAAGUCCUAUGUGGAAAUAUGUUAAGAGAGACUCCAGUGCAGACAAUUUCGAUCUCUUGUUAAUACAGAAGCCCCACAUUUGUAUUUAGUUGUCAUUGCUCCCAGUGUUUGCUUUGGGAGAUUUUUGAUUGGGUUUUCCUAACGUAGAGCCUUAUAUUUCCCCAAACUAGGGUCCAUCUUCUUAACUAUACCCUACCAACUCUGGAUUUAUGCAACUUCUGCUAGGCAUCUCUGACCCUUUCUUCUGUAAUUCCGCAUUUUAAAGCAGCCAAGAAAUUACAUAGACAUAUGAUGGGGUUGUAGUCUGUUCUUCAGUUCCAUGGGCUCCAUUACCUCUUUGUUUGGAAUUAGCUGGAAAGAAAAUUGCUGGUGCUGGGAUGCAUCUCACUGAUGACCUGCCAGAAGCAGCUUCACAGUAGUGCUUAAUUAUCCUUAGAAGCCUUGUAAACAGGGGGCCAAUGUUGCCCAAUCCAGCUUCCCACCCCUCUUGCUAUGCAAGUCCCUCUGCUGUCAUUCUGAAAAGGCAGAUGGUGAGAUAUGGGAGACGCUGAAGCAGAAAGCAGGCACAGAGGUUGGCUUGCUGAUGUUGUCCGUGUCAUUGACACCAGAUAGAGUAAUGAUGUCUAAUCCUUGCUUCCCUUCCGAUGUAAACGACACUUGACCUUCUCGCUGCCACACUGAAUGAAGGCAUUGUUUUCCUUCCUUGCUCUGAGGUCCGCUUAGUCUCCAGACUCCACACAUUUAAGCACCUACCAGAUUUCUGUGAAACUCUGUCUCUCUGUGUACGCGCGUUCAGUGCAAAUAGAAAACCUUCUGUUCUUAGUAUUUAUUUGCAAAGGUGCGGAAGUGGAAACAAACAGCUCUUAACCCUCUGUUGUCAUCCCCCAGCACACACUCAAAUGGUGUGAGGAAUGUGGGAGUUGAGUCGACAGGCCUUCUAUUGGUCCUUGUCUAAAAAGCAAAGGGUUCAGUGUUCCUGCUCUGGCAGAUGUGGCCAGAGUUCACUUAAUUGCAGGAGUACUUUGGGGAAGAGGAUGCUUGCCUUGACCCUAGGAAGCAUCACCACAGAAUCAUGUGUGGAAGAUGCCACCAUCAGGGUGAAUUCAAACACUGAGUUGAGCAUGUGGUACAGGCUGCACACAGGUAUGCGCAGAGGAAAUGGCUUGUUUGAAACUUAUGUAUGCAUCAAAAUUUCCUUCCACGUGCAAAAUUAGUAAUUCCACUAGAGCAGACAGCUAGGCUAGAAGUCUUCUCCAUGAUCUGCAGCUAGCCACAUGCGUAUCUGAAGUACAACAGGCAGGUAAGGACUGUUCACCAUUUCCUUUGGCGGAUGACCCACUUUUAAGGAUCCCAUAUACUCUGAAGUAAGUCCCAUUUAGUUUAGUGAGACUUCUAAAAAAUGCUUGCGAUUGCAAGGUUAAGGGCAAACUAGACAAGAUGGUGGAGGAAUCCAUUACUGGAUCGCCUGUGACUGUUCCGCCACCCACACACACUCCUUCCAUCCUCCCCUAAAUUAUAUCCUGCAUCCUUCCCCCCCCACCCACGAAAAAAGAACUCAAAGCAGGUUUGAACAAGUAAGUUACAACUAACCAUAUUAAAACACUAAAACGUAAUCAUAGCAUGAAAUCACUUCUUUCACUUCAUUUAUUCCAGAAGUUCGCAUCCCAGAGUGUUAUAAAACAGAUCACUCUUCAUUGAAGAGGGUCUGUUGUGUGCCUAGCAAUUUAUUGCUGUUUGUGUCCUGCCUGAGAGUAAUUAAUUCUGGAACAGCUCCAGAGGGAGGGAGAGAUGUUCUGAUAGAGCAGGGGGUGGCUCUCGCAGUAUGCCCUGCUUGCAGUCCUGGAGUCUGCAGCCCUCCACAGCUGGAGAACAUCCAGCAUCUGUUCCAAAGUGGCAUAAAUAUCCAGGCCAGGAUGUUUGUGAGUGGUUCUUUCAAAGGGAAAGCAGGAGCUCUGCUAGCUCCUGAUGGAACUAAUUGAUUGUAAUGGUAGAAAGAGCAGGCGAUGUCUGUGCUUUAGCUGGAAGGAUGAUGUGCUCUGCCUGUUCUCAUGUUUUAAGUGAUAAGCCUGUGCUUGUAUGCAGCCUUGUUCACUGCGUAAUUACAAUGGGUUUUAAACUCCUGCGGUAACCAUUUCGUUUCUGGUUUAUCCGCGCACACAUUUCCAAUCUGAUCCGAUUCAUCAUCCUGAUUUGAACUGUAAUCUCUGUGCUUCAAUGGAAUAAUAAGAUCAGAAUAUUUAUGGCUGAGAGUUGGGUGAGCAGGACAUCUCCCAGGUGUGUGCAAAAGCUACAUCUGCACAGAUUCUCAUGAAAAGUGGAACAGGAAAGCAAAAAAAUGCCUGUGUGUAUCCUCUGUGUUAUGGACUGUGCUGUGCUAAAAAGGGGAAGGACCGCAAACACUGUUUUUAAAACUACUUGCACAAUCGUAGCACUUUAGUGUAGUUUGCUCAAACUUUACUACUUGAGUCUGUGAGUUUAUGGAAAAUUUGUCGUACUGGGGCAGAAAUUGCGAUAUGGCAGGAAAACAGAUAUAGGCAGGUGAAUAUAUGAGACUAGAAACACAUGGUGGAGUGGCAAGGUAUUCUUGCGAGACAUGCACUCUCAGCACUGAUGCUGGUUGUACAUGCAAAUGCAUAGGUCUGAGCCAUUUCCAUAUCCUGAGCUUGAAACUUGUUUGCUUUAAGAAGGAAAAAAGAAAGCAGCAGUUUCCAACAAUCAACAUUUUGAACCGGUUUUUGCACUCACAGAAUCACUAAGACAAGAGUCUUCAGUAUGUAACUUCUGUCCCUGGGAUGCUAAGCAACAUCCCAAUUUUUUAAGGGGUGGGAAAUAGGGAUUCUGGGCCAGUUGCAUUGUUUUCAUAAACCUCACAACUGAUUUCUAAAGCACUCUGGGCUGAUCCUUGCAUGCCAGCUGGCUGCUUUCUUUUUCUGCAUCUCAGUUGUCCCUGGGCCUGGGGAAAUGUAAUGUGUGAGCAGGCAGUGAACUGGAGCUACAUGGAUACACUCUGCUGUGAUUGCAGCUGUUCCAAAAAGUGUUGCUGCACUUGUAGAACCCAGAGCAGAAUAUAUGUAGUGCAUUAUUGCUGCUUCACAUGUUAUAGUUCUCUAUGCAGUUCUGCAAUCAGGGACAAUUAGGGGGCCAGGUCUUGGAGCGCUCUUCGAACUCAGAUAUAAACAUUCACAACUGCCUGGAUGAUUAUAUCAGUGUUCUGAUAGCUUGUUUCUUCACAGUGAUUUUUCAAUUUGCACUCUUGUUUGAAACUGUACAAACUUCUGAUUAUAGGCUGCUCAUCGGCUUCCUUGAUAAGAGGAGCAGUUGCCCAGGGUUGCCAUAGCAAAGUGUGCCUUCUGCAGAAGCUAGGCUAAGCUUGGAGAAAAAGAUCUCUUUGGGAUUACGGAAGCUUGUAAAAGUGGCAAUUUUUGCCAAGAGAAAUUGAGUGGGUACUUAAAUCCCCCUUCCUCCAGCUGCUUUUCCCAUUGCAGAGUUCUAGCUGUAUACGGAGAAGUGUCAAUCAGGGAUAGCUAAUCUGUGGCCCUCCUCCUGUCGUUGGCAGUGGUGGACCUAAAUCUGGGGGGAAAUAUAUACAACAAAAAAGUAAUCAAUUUGACUCAGAUCAAUGUGGCUCACAAAUUUUAAGCAAUGUGGAUUAAAUUGCUUCUGGGGCCCUUCUGGGAUUAGGGGCCCUGAAGCCUAAGUUUCAUUCGUCUCAUAGUAGAUUUGCCCCUGGUUGUUGGACUCCAGGACUCAUCAGCCCCAGACAGCAUAGCCAGUGGUUAGGGAUGAUGGGAGUUCUAGUCCAACAACAUAAGGUUAGCCACCUCUUAUAUAAAGGGGAACGCACAGUUUUUACCUAAAAGAAAUAGAAACAUAGGAAACUGCCUUGUACUAAGACAGAUCAUGGCUCCAGCUACCUCGGAGUUGCUUGCAGUGACUGGAAGCAGCAAUCCAGGUUUUCAGACAGGGGUAGUCCCCAGCCCAACCUGAAGACUGCAAGGAUUGAAUUUGGGACCUUCUUGCAUGCAAAGCAGAUGCUCUACUGAUAAGCUACCCCCCCCCCCCCCCCCCCGGGAUCAAGUUCAGGAAGCAGUGCUAGUUUACUUACUAUUAUUUUGGGUGCUUUGGCCCUUUCAGAAUGAAAUGCUCAACCGGCAAAUCCAGAAGGAGAUCUGGCGGAUCCAGGAUGUGAUGGAGGGGCUGAGGAAGAACAACCCAUCUCGGGGCACAGACACAGCAAAGCAUAGGGGUAAGUGCAACGCCUUUCAUUUGCAGGCUCUUUGGUGUCGCAGGCAGAAGUAUUGGCUUGUUAUCUCAAUAUCUGUCCCUCCUUCCACAAUGCGUACACCCAAAAUUUGCUAUAUGCCACCUGGAAAUGUUUUGCUACCAGGAUAGGAGUGUCAUUUAUCGCAAUCUAUUUGAAGAGUGGCACUGUCGUUUAGACCAGGGGUAAGCAGAAGAUAGAUCAGGAACUAAUGGUAGAUUGCUGUGUAAUUGGCUGUGCAUCAGGAAGAGUUUUGUAGAAUCAUAAAGUUGGAAGGGACCCUACAGCUCCCUGUGCCAUAAACCACACCAGUCCAUUUGCCCACAGCAUGACAACCAGGACAUAGGUGCAGGAGGGCAGAACAGUCUCUGCAUCAGUCUGGAGUUGGCACAAGACCUAUAUCAGGACCAAUACCAUCAUAACUUUUUAAAGGGUACUUUCCUUUGUUUUCAGAUCUGUCAAGGAAGGUUCAGUUCCUCCCUCCACCCCACACACACUUUCCGUUGGCCUCUCUAGGUGGUCCCUUUCCUGCUGAUCCAUCCAUCAGUUGGUUUGCAUGAAUGGCUUACCUUUUCCGUCUUAUUUUUCCGCAGUAUCCCUUGGCCCAUCAGGAACCUACAGCUCCAACAGCCCAGCCAGCCCUUUGAGCUCAGCCAGCCUCACCAGUCCCCUGAGCCCUUUCUCUCUUGUGUCGGGAUCCCAGAGCUCCCCUACUAAGCAAGGCAGCAACGAGGUGAGCAAAUUUAUCAUUGCCCAGGGCAGCCUGAAUGAAGAUGCAGCAAAAUGGGAGAGGGGGAAGUGUUCCCAGUCGUGGCCAAGAUGCUCUCGUAACACUUCUGUUUUCAGGAUUAUCGUUCCACCAGUAGGUGGCAACCCAGGCCUUGCUCUGGCAUGGGUGAUGGGGGCUGCAAUACAUUUUUUUCAGAGGAAAAUCGAAGGGGCCCUGGCAAUCGGCCCAACCAUUUAAAGAUCGUAAUAUUGGCUUAAACACCUUGAAACUCUGGGUGCUUCCAGACUUCCAGUCCCCCUGCUCCCAGUUGGAAUAGUAGUUCUAAACCAAGAUAUGCAAUAGGAGGGGAGAUAAAGAAAAGGUUGGUAGAGCAGGGUAGCGCUAACCUUACUCAUUUGAUAUUCCUGUAGCUGUGUUGAUCCUUCUAGUUUCAAUACUAUAAGUAUUCAGCAAAGGGAUUGGCAACUUGAAGUAUAGAUUCCAGGUAACUGGCACUCUGAUACAGCAGGCCAAUCACCUGCAGCACCCAUUAAAAUUUAACACAAUUUGUGCUUGUGCUCACCUUUUUUUAAAAAAAUCCUUUAGAAUCAAAAGACCCAAAGCUGAUCACUAUACUUAUUUAUUUAACAGGAUUUGUAUAUUGCUUAAUCAACAAAAAUCUCUAAGCUGUUUACAUAACACAAUUUAAAAUAUACAUAAGAAAAUACUACUAAAACCAAACUGUAAAACUAACUGACGUAAAAUAGAUCAAAAUAUAGAUAAAAUCAGUAGUGUUGAAACAAAUGUGCACAAUGCAGUGUGCACACGUCGAGGCAGACUUGCCUAAACAAAAAAAGGUUUAAGCUGGUGCUGAAUACAGUACCACAGGCAUUCUUGCCCACUGCAGAAAGUAGGCACUGCCGCUCUAAAGGACCAGUUCUUUGCAAGAGCAAAAUACCUGUUAUGUGACACUUAUAAAAGUGGCCUUUAUGCAGAUCAAAGCAGUCAGGUGGACACAUAGGGGUAAGACAACCCCUCAAGUAGACUGAAUUAUGUGAUAGAUGAUAUAGCCACUUUCACUGCUCCGCUGGCUUUUAUUUGGGAAACUGCGGCAAUGAGUAAUUAGGAUAAUUAUUUGAAGGCUUUUUACUCUGCAACAAGACUCCCUCCCUUCUUCCAUUAUGUCUGCUCACUUAUCGAGUUACUAAUCCUGAAUCAUUGCUGGUAUCAUUGCAGAGCAUUAGGCAAGGGCUAUAGCUCAUUGAUAGAGAAUCUGCUUGGCAUUCACAAAGUCCCAGGUUCAAGCCCUGGCGUCACCAGGAAGGGCUGGCAAGAACUCCUGUCUGAAACCCUCGAAAGCUGCUACCAAUAUUGAGCUAGAAUGACCGACGGUCUGAUUCGGUAUAGAGCAGCAUUAUAUUUUCCUGGUGAAAUUGCUCCUAUUGUGUGUGUGUUUUUGGGUGGGGGGAAAUAAUGUGGGCACAGCCUUUGUGAGCCAUUCAUCUCAAUGCCACAUCAGCAACUAUUUUAAAGAUUGAUAGCAUAGAGAAAAGCUGCUACACAAGCAGCUCUCCAUGUAGAGAUAGCUGCCUUAGGAUGCAAUGUGAAUUGGUCUACACGUGAUGCACAGAAAAAUGGCAAGGUGCUCAGAUAUGACAGCAGCUGACAUGCACCUUAGGCUGGGAUACUUCAAGCACCCUAAAACUUUGGAAUGAUUCAGUUUCAGUAGUUAUGAGUUGGUGGGAGAUUAGCAACUUCUUUUACUGCUACCUCUGCCUAAAUAGAAGUCUGAUCCAAUAGAUUGGGCCAAAAGGCAUUGGACAAUUAUAUAUGGUACUUCCUAUGCUACUUCCAUGCCUAUAAAAGGCAUUGCAGAUACUGGCAUAUCGUAUUCCAACUUGUACAAAUGACCAAAUGCAAUGAGGGAAAUGGCCGAUGGAUGGGCAUCUUUAUUUUUUGGUCACUCUGGCUCCAUCUGUCAUUGAACCUAAAUUUCUGCCCCAAAUCAACCAUCAACCCCAGACCCACUCAUGUUCCACCCCCAUGCAUGUUUUGGGGGGUAUCAUUUUCUGUGUUCCCGAAACCUUGGGAUUUCAGCACGUAUGCAAUCACCAUUGGGUCAUUCAAACCUACAGCAGUUGUGUCUAUAGAUAUAAGUUCACAUUGUGGGGCAAGCAGCAGACUGCAAGGAUCAUAAAAUAUCUGCAUUUUGGACAAUGUGCCUUGAAAGAGAUGCAUUCUGAUUUUUUGAAAUGACAGAUAUUUUGGAAGCGGCUGAAAAUCCCCUCGCAGUUUGCGCCUUUGGUCCAGUAACACCAGGCUCAUCCCAGGCUUGCGUGGCUUGAUGUUGGGUUGCCCAGCAUGAAGAGAGAGGCCGGCCAUUUGGCGUCGGGGCUCCUGGGUGCUCGGUUGCAGCUGUGCCCUGUCCUGGGUGUAACACCUGUCUCUGUUGGAGUCUUUGUCUCACUAAUUCUCUUUUCCUUCCCCUUUUCACAGUUUCUCUGCUCUUACUCCUAACACUUCUCGGCUUCCUCUCCACUUCAGGAGCCCGGUCCACCUCGACCUCCCCUCCCCAAAUCAUAUGUGCCCUUGGAAUCUCCUCCGACUGUCCCUCCGCUCCCUACCGAAAGCCGCCUCUGGCCGUAUCCUAACUCCCCUUCCUGGCAGCAAAGCAGCGAGGCGAAGAGGGGACAGGUAUCAAAAUGGAGUUUGAGAGCUGGAGGCAUGCUCUAUCCUUUGCCACACUCACCUGGAACUGGGGAGGGAUGUGGAGCCAGGUGCGGGAGCAGCUUGUGGGGAGGAGCCAUGCUGUGUCAUUGUUGUGUCCUGCAACAGUGCAGGGCUAGGGUUAGGCAGUGCAGUGCUGGUGAACCCACACUGCCCAACCCUUUCACCAUCCUGGUACAUGGUAAUGGGACUGGUGCCCAGAGACCAGGACCACAGCACUACCACCUCUCCCCACCAGCUGCUCCUAGCCGGAUGGUGAGCCAGUCAUCUUUCUCAAGCAACCUAUGCUCCCUGAAGCCCAUUACAUGAUAUUUUUCCUACGUGUAGAUUUUGCCUAGGUAUGAAAAAUGUCAUCUGCCAAACAGCCUUUGGGGCAAUUUGCCUUUUUGAGAAUGUCCGAAGCUACAUCCUCUCAAUGGCAGGUUGUGAUAUACCCUAAUCAUGGAUGAGAACAGAAGGCAAGAGUGGGACACAGAUUUCAAAUCAGAGACUUAGGCUGGAGACACACAAUAUUUUUUCUUUUCUUUUCUUCAGAGAGCUGAAGCCAUCUUGAAAGAGAAAUUGCUGCUUGGUGUGCUUCCUUAACUGGUGUUUGCUUUUGGUGAAGUGGUUUUGUGGGUUUUUGAAACAACUCAAAAACCUGUGAAACCUUUUUGACCAGUGGCAAUAAUGAGACAAAAGAACUAUUAAAUGUACAUGCAAAGCAAUGCCUUUGUCAGACUCCCUUCAUCUCUCUCAAAAAUGACUGUCUGCCUCCAGCCUUAGAUUGCAAUUCUGUGGCUGCAAUCUAUUGUGGCCUAUAUUUAUACUGAUAGCCAAGUAUCCUGUGGCUUGUGGGCCUCUUUGCCCAGUGGGAAAGUGAUAUACAAAACACAUCAGUCCACAAGAAUAUCAUGAACAAUGACACGUUCCUCAGAGAGUAACUCUCUACUUAGUUUGUAAGGUAAACUUGGAUUAAUAUCUGCAAAGGUUUCACAUCUCCACCAAGCAGAAUCUGAUCCGUGUUAAACCCCAUGAAGGUAGUGGAAAUGUUUUAAAGCUGCUGAGCUGGUUUUUCAUCUCCCAUGUUGAGAGGGGAUAUCAUGCCAUUGGGAUCUCAUAAGAGCUGGUUGGGGGGAAGCAACCAUUAUAGGUCAGUUGCAAAGUAGGUGGGGGAAGAAAACCUCCAAGCCUUCUGCUGCUCUCGCUUCAAAGCUGCCUUUGCUUUUCCCCAAGUGGAAUUUCACAGGUUUUGCACGUCCCAAAAGUCAGAUAGCGGCAGCAAAGUUUAGGGCAAGGCCAUAUAAAGAAUUAAGGAAUUAAAGUGAGGAAUUAAGGUGGUUGUUUUAUUUUCUAAAAGUCUGGCACUUUUUUUUUUCCAAACCCAAAGCAUUUCCCUCCCAUUCAUAGUAAUAAAACUAACCUCAAAAGUUAAGUUUUAAAACAUGCCUUACUGGUGACCAUGGAUAAAGUUGCCAUUAUAGGAUUAAGUCAUUCCUAUGAACUUAUCAAGAAUUGGAUGCUAUUGUGAUACAAGAGAGAAGUGAGUCAAAUGUUCACUCUGGACCAGAUUGAAAUAGAACCCUCAAACAUUUUACUGCCUAGAAGUUCAGCACAAGAUGCACAGAGACUCAUACCUUUUAUUCUGGGUGUUUAUGUUGUAGCAGAGGCCCACAUACAGAGUUCAUUAUGAUGUACAUAAAAUGCCCAGGCUGACAGAAAGGCUGUUUGAUGGAAGGGACCAAUAUAAUGGUUGCAACUGCUCUGGCUCAUUCUGCCAUUCCUCGCUGUGGUUUUACUUCUGUUGUCCUUUCCCUUCCCUGCAUUCAUCCCCUGUGAUAGUCAUCUGUGUUAAUAGCAGAGAUUGCCCACAGAGAUGCUCUUGAGAUGAAGCAGAAGGAGAGGGACUUGGGGAGGUUUCGUUGCCAAUAUUAAAAUGCCCAUCUUUCCCAGAGGAAGGGGUGGGGGUGGGGAAACACCUCUUCAAGCUGUUGCAUAUUUUCUGAUCAAGGGGACAAUUAUUUUCCAAAGCUCUGUUGCUCUUGUAUGGUUUUGAGUCUCCAAUUCAGUGGAGUGGUGACGGCAGCUUAUGUAAUUGGCUUCAUUCACCAGUACUUAUAUCCGAAAUGUCUGCAUCCUGCUAGCAACAGGAGUAGAUGGGAUGGAGACAAACCUUGUACCUAAGCUGUUGGUACCAUUUCUACUUGGACUGUUGGCUCAUACAGGCUUGCCUUUCAAUUGAACAAAACAGCAACAACAGUGGAAAUCUUAUCCACAGAUAAGAAAGACUCUGGAAGGCUGGGACUGUGUUAAGCACCACUAUUUUGAGAUAGAAGUACAAAAAAUCCACUGAGCUUUGCUCCCAAAUGUCUGUGCUUUGGAUACAGUGUGCUCUGAACCACCACACCUUUGAUUUGCUUUUGGUUCUUCAAAUUUGAGUUGAGCAUGAAUUUGCCCCAUUUUCUCCAGCUGAUUGGUUCUUGGGCAUUGGACACUCCUCGGGGUCAUUUUUGGAUGAUGGGCAGGGGGCAAAGGUGCUUCUUCUGAUUACUGCUUCCUUUCACUGUUUCUGUGUGGGCAUUUCUGUUCAUUUUUGGCAUGUGUGUUUGUCUGUGUCUGAAAUCCUGUGUAGUUAAGGAAAGUGGCAGCUGUUUGGAGACAGGACCUCUCUUCAGCUUCCCUUGCAGUUCCUCACAGGGAAUUGUAUUUGCCCCCACAGUCCAAGUCCAGCUUUGAGCAGAUCAAGAAGGACCAUCACCGGACGUCAGCCUCAAAUUCUGCUGUGGAGGCUGGUCUCUUGCAGACAAGGCAAGACCCGGAUGCUGAUAAGCAAGUUGCUCUCAACAAAGGUACUGGUAAACAAUGUGCAUCCUAGGAGGGGAUCUGAUUUGGCUUACUGUUUAGGACUCCCCCAGACAACCUGUUUAUUUAGUAGUUCUCCUGACUUGCAGAUGGAUUGUAUGGAUAGAUCUGCUCCAUAUUGUUGCCCUUAUGGCCUGCUUGUGGACUUCCUUGUGGGCAUCUGGUUGUCAACUGUGGCAAGCAGAAUGCCAGAGUGGGUGGACUUUUGGUCUGAUCCAGCAAGACUCCUCUUUUGUUUUUAAUGGGACUCAAGGAGGAAGUAUAUUCAAAAAAUAAAGCUUCCAUUUCCAUUAUGGUCCAUUAAGAUGGGCUUAGGAAUGAUGGCAAUUUAGUGUUAAUAGAUGCAAAAGCAGCUUCACUACAGCAGUACAUUUCUAGUGCAGGCUGCUGUUGAAAUCUGGAAGGACACAGAUGUCUGGUCAACACCAUUAGCACUCUUCUGCUCUUUCCCAUGGAGAUGACCAGAUGCAGUGUGGGACAAGGCUCCUGCAUCUUCGGUUGUUUGGAAGAAGGAAUUUCGACAGGUGCAGCUUGGCUCACCCCACUGGUCCUAUGAUAUGACAAGCUGCACCUGUCCAAACUUCCAUAUCUACAAAACUAUUAAAGAUGUAAUGGGCCUAUGGGCUUGCUUGAUCUCUAGAUACAAGUCUCUUACACUUCUGUUUAAUUUCAAUAAAACUAGUUGUUGUGUACAGUGUUCUGAUUGUAAACUGCCUUGUGUGUAGCUGUAUGCAACUGAAAAGUGGCAUAAAAAAUACUUAGAAGCAGCAUUUUCAGUGACAGUUGUGGUUGUCAAAUCCUGCUGUUCCAGCCACUUGGUAUCUGAAAAUAAUGUAGGUUUUUUAAUCUUUGGGUGGGUGUGGGAAGCCAUCUCUCCUUGCAAUCAAAGGGCUAUGGUGUCCCAAAUAAAGAAAACAUGGUUAUGUCUGUCCAUACCUAUUGCCAUUGCCGGAAACUUGACUUUUUGCUUCUUGCUGAUGAAACACCUUUCUCCCUCCUCUGCAUUCUCCCAGUUGGCAUUGUUCCCCCAAGGACCAAAUCACCCAUGGAUGACGACACCAUCCCCAUGUCAGGUGUGGUGCGGAGGGGUGCCAGCAACUUAGCCAAUGGGCUGAAUGCCCGGGUAAGAUCAAAUUCUGUCAUCUUUUCCUAAUUAUAAUUACCAUCAGAGGGAUUGAGGCGAUACAGAGAGGGUUAUGCAGCUUGCUAAGAUGGGAAAGGAGCAGGAGGGUGGGAGGGGAAUUUAAGAAGAUCUCAGGUUAUAGUCUCCUUCCUUUUUUGUUUCAUUUUACUAGUUAGAACACCUUGGGGCUGCUUCGAAGGGGCAUGGCAAUUUUGAGAGAGGGUGUUUAGCCUUUCUCUCCACACACCCCAUGCCUUUUCCUUGAUGUAAAUCUCGAACACUCACACACGCAUAGACACACCCUGGGGGAAGAGACACGUACUAGACAAGUCCUGGUGCUGUUCCUGUUAGUAGCUGGAGAGGAGAUCCUAAUCACAGCUCUUUCACCUCUGCUCAUGUUUUGGAAAAGUUGCAAAAGUUUGGGAAUGGCAGCAAAAAGCUCAUAAAAAGAUUGGUAUUAUCUAUUCACUUGUGAAUCGCCUUCCACAUAUAUGUCCCAAGACAAUUUACUGACAUAUCCUUAAAAGCAGCUAGAAUAAUUUUAAAAAGCAGCACAAGAACAACCAAGCAUAUGUUUUUUAAAAACCAACACAAAAUGGACCCCAGAGGCUGGAAAAGAUCUACCUGCCCCACCUCUGCACUAUGAGCAAAGCUCUAAAGGUAAGCUAGAUGUCAUUGUGUCCGUUCCUCUGUAUGAUCACACAGGUCUUCUGAUUGUGAGGAGGAGACUUUGCAAGCACAGCUGGCGUCUACCUCAGAAGCUUGCCUAAUGCAAAGAGGGCAGAAGCAGAGCCAGUGGGCAUGCAGCAUUGGGCACCGAGCCCACAAAGCAAGGCACCCCUCCUCUGCAUAGAUGGCAAGAGAACUUUAAUAUUCAGAGGGGAGGAAUACCAGUCAAGGAUAUACAGUGGAACCUUGGUUGUUGAACGUAAUCAGUUCCGGAAGACCGUUAGACUUCCAAAACAUUCGACAACUGAGGCACAAUUGCUGAUUAGCAAAAUCCAUUGAAAAAAUGGAGAAACAUGCCUCAGAAGCCAUUCGACUUCCGAGGCAUGUUUGAAAACGGAAGCAUUCGCUUCCAGGUUGUUGGCAUUCAAAAGCUGAAACGUUUGACUUCCGAAGCGUUUGACAAUCAAAGUUCUACGGUAUUGCUUUUUGAACAUUGAAAGGAGUUUGUAUACACAAUUCCUACCAUCUUUACGACAACCCUAUGAGGUAGGUCAGUGUUGCUAUGAUCCCCCUUAUUGCAAAUAAGGGCUAGAGGGCAGAGAGAAAGCAGAUUCUGCACCACUGAGCCACAGCCCUUCUGCCCUUGGCCACUGAAUUACACCAACUCUCCUCUUUUAUUCCGAAGAUAGUGUUGCCAGGAAAGAGCACUGGGGCUUAACUAGAUUAGCAUUUAACUUUCUCUUUUUUUUUUUAUAAGAUAUUUAUUAAAGUUUCAACAUAUUACAAAAAUAAGCGAAAAAAGAAAGAAAGAAAAUAGAAAAUGAAAAUACAAAAUACAAAAUAAAAACAGUUAAAAAACAGAUUAGUCUUUCCAUAUCUUAUCUUUCAUUUGCUUGUUUCCCCGACCUCCUCACACCUCCCUUUUUUGUAUUCCAGUUCAAAUUAGUUAAUUCAGCAAAUCCUUUCCCUCUUUGAUUCUAUCUUAAUCUUUUAUCUUAAUAUAUUGUAACUUUAGAUUAUCACCUGUUAACAAUCCAUUUUUACAUAUUCCUUUAUAACAUUCUGCUAGAAACCAUUUAACUUCAAUCCAACAUCAUUCUAACAUUCAUUAAUUUUGCAGUAUUUCUGUAGAUAGUCUUUAAAUUUCUUCCAAUCUUCUUCCACCAACUCUUCUCCCUGGUGUCGGAUUCUGCCCGUCAUUUCCGCCAGUUCCAUAUAGUCCAUCACCUUCAUCUGCCAUUCUUCCAGAGUGUGUAAAUCUUGUGUCUUCCAGUACUUUGCAAUAAGAAUUCUUGCUGCUGUUGUGGCAUACAUAAAGAAAGUUCUGUCCCUCUUUGGCACCAAUUGGCCGACUAUGCCCAGGAGAAAGGCCUCUGGUUUCUUCAGGAAGGUAUAUUUAAAUACCUUUUUCAUUUCAUUAUAGAUCAUCUCCCAGAAAGCCUUAAUCCUUGGGCACGUCCACCAAAGGUGAAAGAAUGUACCUUCAGUUUCUUUACAUUUCCAACAUUUAUUAUCUGGCAAAUGAUAGAUUUUUGCAAGCUUGACUGGUGUCAUGUACCACCUGUAAAUCAUUUUCAUAAUAUUCUCUCUUAAGGCAUUGCCUUGAACUUCAUACCUGUGGUCCAUAACUGUUCCCAGUCAGCCAUCAUUAUGUUAUGUCCAACAUCUUGUGCCCAUUUAAUCAUAGCAGAUUUAACCGUUUCAUCCUGAGUGUUCCAUUUCAACAGCAAGUUAUACAUCUUUGACAAAAUCUUGGUUUUGGAAUCUAACAGUUCUGUUUCCAAUUUUGAUUUUUCCACCUGGAAGCCAAUUUUCUUAUCCAAAUUAUAUGCCUCCAUUAUCUGAUAAUAAUGAAGCCAAUCUCGCACUUUAUUUUUUAGUUUUUCAAAACUCUGCAGUUUCAAUUUAUCUCCCUCUUGUUCCAAAAUUUCCCAAUAUUUCGGCCAUUUGGCCUCCAUAUUGAGCUUUUACAGAGCCUUCGCUUCCAUUGGUGACAACCACCUUGGGGUUUUAUUUUCAAGUAGGUCCUUGUAUCUUAUCCAGACAUUAAACAAUGCUUUCCUGACAAUAUGAUUUUUAAAUGCUUUAUGUGCUUUGACCUUAUCAUACCACAGAUAUGCAUGCCAUCCAAAUACAUUAUUAAAACCUUCUAAAUCCAAAAUGUCUGUGUUUUCAAGAAGUAGCCACUCUUUCAGCCAGCAAAAAGCUGCUGAUUCAUAAUAAAGUUUAAGGUCUGGCAGGGCAAAUCCACCUCUUUCCUUUGCGUCCGUUAGUAUUUUAAAUUUUAUUCUUGGCUUCUUGCCCUGCCAGACAAAUCUAGAAAUAUCUCUCUGCCACUUCUUGAAGCAAUCCAUUUUGUCCAAAAUUUGCAAUGUUUGAAACAAAAACAACAUUCUAGGCAAUACAUUCAUUUUUAUCGCAGCAAUACGGCCUAGCAGUGAAAGUUUCAAAUUUGACCAAAUUUCUAAAUCUUUUUUCACUUCAGUCCAGCAUUUUUCAUAAUUGUCUUUAAAUAAAUUCCCAUUUUUAGUUGUCAUGUUAAUCCCCAGGUAUUUCACUUUCUUAACCACUGUUAAACCUGUCUCAUUCUGAAACCUCUCUUAAAUUUUUCUCUAAGACCUUUGUUUUUAACUUAUUCAGUUUAAAUCCUGCAACCUGACCAAAUUCUUGAAUCAGUUCCAAAACUCUUUUAGUACUAGAUUCUGGCUCCUGUAAUGUCAAUACUAAGUCAUCUGCAAAUGCUCUCAAUUUGUACUCUUUAGCUCUGACUUGUAUACCUUUAACCAAUUGGUCCCUUCUAAUCAUAUUCAACAGGACCUCCAGGACCAAUAUAAAAAGCAAUGGGGAGAUUGGGCAACCUUGUCGUGUCCCUUUUUCUAUCUUGAAUUCCUCCGUCACCACGUUAUUGACAAUUAAUUUAGUCUUUUGUUCUGAAUAAAUUGCACUUAUACCAUUUCCAAAGCCUUGACCUACCCCCAUCCCCUGUAGGUUCUUCUUCAUAAAACUCCAAGAAAUGUUGUCAAAAGCUUUCUCCGCGUCCACAAAUAUCAAAACUGCCUUGGUAUUAAUAUUCACUUGUAAUUUUUCUAAAAUAUUAAUUAUAUUUCUCAUAUUAUCAGACAAGUGUCUACCCGGGAGAAAGCAUGCUUGGUCUUUAUGAAUCUCUUCCACUAGCACUUUUUUUAGUCUUUUAGCCAAAAUAUCUGCAAAGAUUUUAUAAUCCACAUUGAGCAGUGAUAUGGGGCGGUAGUUCUUGAGUUGCGUCUUUUCAGUCUCUGUUUUCGGUAUAAGUGUGAUAUACGCUUCCUUCCACGACUCUGGUGCCCUUUUCCCAUCCAAUAUUUCAUUACAGACUUCCUUUAAAGGUUGUACCAACCAUUCUUUUAAAGAUCUGGAGUAUCUAGAAGUCAAUCCAUCCGGUCCUGGAGAUUUACCUAAUUGCAUAUUCUGAAUGGCACCUUCUACCUCCUGUUCAGUUAUUUUAUAAUUCAACAUUAAUUUAUUUUCUUGAGAGAUUUUUUGUAAUCCAUUUAUUUUCAAAAAUCGAUCUAUAUCAAUUUCUUUCUGUGGCCCUUGUGUAUAUAAUUGUUUAAAGUACCUCUGGAAACAGUUUCUAAUCUCGACUGGGUUCUGUAUGUUCUUUCCUUCCACUUCUAGAUUUAUAAUAGUGUUUAGUUUUUGUCUUUUUUUCAUUUGCCAGGCCAACAAUUUUCCACAUUUAUUAGCCGACUCAAAUGUCUUUUGUCUCAUUUGUUUAAUUUUCCAUUCUAUUUCCUGAUUCAUCAUUUUCAUAUAUUGUACUUGAUAUAACUUUAUUUCUCUCAAGAACUCUUGCGACUUUGGUUUUGCUCUCAAUUUCUUCUCACUUUCCUUUAUUUUCUCCAAAAUUUUAUCUUUCUUCUCAUUUUGGAUUCUCUUCUUUAUUGCAUUCUGUUGUAUCAAGAACCCUCUCAUAACUGCUUUGCUUGCGUCCCAGAUUACUCUUUUUCAACAUUAGUGUUCAUGUUUGUCUCGAAAUAGUCUCUCAAGGUUUUUUGGGCCUUCUUAGUCACUUCUUCGUCUCUAAAUAAGGUGUCAUUCAUCCUCCAUCUGAAAGAGCCAGUUGGUGUUAGUUUCAUCUCCAUCUUCACGGCAUUAUGGUCGGAGCAGGUUUUUGGACAAAUUUCCACUUUUCUUGUCUUUGGUGCCAUUCCUCUAGUUACCCAUAUUUGGUCAAUUCCUGUCCAUGUCAUUUUGGCUUCAGAGAAGAAGGUUCCCUCUCUACCCAGCAUUUAACUUUCUCUUGCAGUGCUCUGGAAACUCUCCCCUAGGGUGCUGAAGUUGGUCAGCAUCUGUCUUUUUUCCUUUCUUUUCACUCAGUAACUGCCGUUCUGUUCCCAAAGAAUGCACAAGCAGCAGUAAACUCGCAGCUGCAGAGCGCAGCCAAUGGAUUGUUAAAUUGCUUCCUCUUUUCUCCUCCCAAAUCUGUCACCCCUUUCAGAAUCACCAUCUCUCAGACUCACUUUGCCCGUCCUGUCUCCCCCAAACUGUUUUGCCUAGUGGCCGUCCAUCCCUUGGCUCUCCAUCUUGAAGGGCCAUAAUAGCUGGGUGGUACAGCAUUGCUGAUUCAAUCCCCAGCAUCUCCAGGUAGGAUGGAGAGAGAUCCCUGUAUGAAAUCCUGGAGAGUCACUGCCAAUUAAUGUAUAGAUAAUAUUCAGCUAGGGUUGAAUAUGCACCAUACAUUUAAAUCACAUUGCUUCCUCCAAACAACUCUGGGUGUUGUAGACCCCUCACAGCGCCACUAUUCCCAGCACCCAUAAGAUACUACAGUUCCCAGGAUCCUUUGUGGGAAGUCAUGUUCUGCAAGCUUAUGGUGUGUAUGCAGGCAUGGACCAAUGGCUUGACUCUGCAUAAGGCAGCUUUCUAUGUUUGCGUAUUUCUCUCCUGAUGUCUCAAGUGAGCCCCUUCUUCUCCUCACAACAGAAACCAAAAAGGUUAUGUAUAGCUCUAUGAAUAGUAACAUUGGGAAAUUCAGGGGAGCUUUUUGAGCAGGGCAUUUUCCUACUCAAGAUAAACCAGCUUCUUCCCAUCGCUAUAUAUAACCACGAGGCUGCUGUGUGUGUGUCUCCCCAGGACAGGCCAAAGAGUGCAGUAUUUUCGAAUGAAAUGAAGGCAAAGAUGAGCGUAGAGGAGCAGAUUGAUCGCAUGAAGCGCCACCAAAGUGGUUCUAUGAAGGAGAAGAGGCGGAGCUUGCAGCUUCCAGCCAAUCAGCAACAGGCAGACAGCCUUCUCUCUAAAGCACCUGCCUCUUACAAAGUGGUAAUGUAUCCCUGUUGUUGUUUAUUAGUUACAUUUUUGCACUAAGGUGUCUCAAAGUGACUUGCAGAAUAAAAGUACUGUAUAAAUUACAAAGACAUUAAAACCAGAUAUGCAGCAAUAAACAAAAUACUCAUCUGAAAAUGUAUAUCAGAGAACAAAUCCUACCCCCACUUACCCCCCCCCCCGAAAGCCCACUGACAUAAUGAACUACUCUCCCAAGACCCAGGUAAAUGAAAAUGUUUUGGCUCAGCACCUAAAAUUGCACAACAAUGGUAGAGAUGAUUCAGCCAUGUGAGUCUGUCCACCUGGUAUAAGGCAGCCCACAACACAAAGUUGCCACCUUUGAGAGCAAGACUACAGAGCUGCCCUUUGCGUGGCAAGUUCCCGCCCCCACCAGUGGAUAUAAUGACACAUGACACAAUUAUUAAGGUUAAUGGGCUAAAUAAGGCCACAACUUUAUUGGUUACAGGUGAUGAGCGGUAUUGGCUUAGGCAUUGGUCCUAACAGACUAUAUCCAACUUCAGCCCGUCCGCUUGAAGUCCGGGAAGGGUUAACCACCAGGGGAGUGUGCCUUAGGCCCUCACCUCCCCAGGCUUUGGACAGGGCCACACCCCCCGGAAUCCUUUAUCGGACUACCCUUCAAUAUGUGGGGCAGGUGAUGGCGCUACCUCUCCUCUUCCAUCUGCAGAACAAUACCAAUGCCUAACCGCCAAUACCCAGAAAAUUGUGACGAUUUGCUAUGAGGUAGGUGAAAAACCAAGUGGCUGGUGCCAAUUUGCCAAGUGGAAAAAAUUCCUACCAGGCCCCUCAACAGUGAAGGUCCAUAGCAAGGUCAAAGAACGUAAACCUUAUAGGGUGGGAGGGCCCACAACCCCACCUCCUCCGUAGGGCGGAAAUGGCUUUCCCAGCAUGGAGGCCUUCUUACUGACCUUUUGGGUGACAAUUCCCAUUGGACCCAGGCAGCAUGACCAAAGGAAGGCUGCCUUAGAGUGUGGCAGGUGAGAAAACGGUGGAGGCAACGUGCAAGGAAUGAAAUAUAAAAUACCAGCAAGUGCUUAUGGAGAGUGAUCUACAUUUCUAUCACAUCCCGACUCUAAUGUGUGUGCUGGUGGGGGCAUGAUAUGUUCUAGGUGCGCAGACAUCGCAGCAUCCAUGAGGUGGACAUAUCUGAUCUGGAAGCAGCGUUACGCUCUGAGGACUCUGGAAGGAUGUAUGAGACUCCUCGGGAGGAGAUUGCACGUCUGCGCAAAAUGGAGCUGGAGCCAGAGCAUUAUAAUGUGGACAUCAGCAAGGAGGUGAAGUCCAUGCUUCCUCUGUGCCUUGGCCUACAAAUCAUCAUCAUCAUAAAUUUAUUAUUUAUACCCUGUCCAUCUGGCUGGGUUUCCCCAGCCACCACCAAAAAUAGGAUCCUCCUACUUCACAUGAAUUUACAGUGUGGUUUAGGUGCCUGGUUUGAAAUUCACAGAAGUACAUGUAAAGAAGGAGCAAGAUCUCAGGGCAUGGUCCGAGGGCAGUGGAGUCUUUCCCCUUAGGACGAAUGGGGCAUUGCUCCAUCCAUCUUAGUCUGACCUCAGCCAGCCUCCACCUGUCUUCCUGCUUACAACCAGUCCAGGCAGGGGGUGCUGCCUUGUCAGCUUCCUCCUCCUUAGUCUCAGUAUUUCACUUACAGAACUCAGCAGGCAGAAGGAUGGGGACAAAAGCAGAAUUAAGUUGGCUCUGCCUGUCAUUGGCUCCGACUCCACCUGCUGUUGGCCUCUCUGCCUUCUGUCCUACCAGCUGUCAUUGUGGCACACGAUGCAGCCACCUUGCUGAAGCUAGGUAGAUUUGGGUCUGACUGGUGCCUGGGUGUGAGACUACCUUGGGUUCCAUAAUGGGGGAAAGGCAGAAUAUUAGUGUACUAAAUAAGGAAGAUAAAAAAGAUGGUCCCUGGGGGUUACCACUUUGUAUGGGGUGUGCGCCCUGGCUAAAUGAUUACGCUGUAUGUUUGCAGGGGUGGAGCGGAUGAAGAAUGCUGUCUUCAUUAAGAGCCAGUGUGGUGUAGUGGUUAAGAGCGGUAGACUCGUAAUCUGGUGAACCGGGUUCGUGUCCCCGCUCCUCCACAUGCAGCUGCUGUGUGACCUUGGGCUAGUCACACUUCUCUGAAGUCUCUCAGCCUCACUCACCUCACAGAGUGUUUGUUGUGGGGGAGGAAGGGAAAGGAGAAUGUUAGCCACUUUGAGACUCCUUCGGGUAGUGAUAAAGUGGGAUAUCAAAUCCAAACUACUCUUCUUCUUCUUCUUCUUCUUCAUGUCAAGAUGCCAAGACAGACAAGGGGACAAUCUGCAAUCUGGAGAGAAUUAUGUAGCCCAAUUCAGAGUUAGGGUGCUUUGUGUGAGAUCUGAUCUAGAACUUAUAUUAGAAAUAGAUGUGGGUAGUAUCAUGGCCAAGGGUUGGAUGCUCGAGAAAGGUUAUUAUGUCAGUUAAUCUUCAUUGCCACCUUUUCAGCUCACAGUCUGUCUCGUUCUGCUCUUCAGCUUUCCACCCCAGACAAAGUCCUCAUCCCAGAAAGGUACAUUGAGCUGGAACCUGAUACUCCACUGAGCCCAGAGGAGAUGAAGGAGAAGCAAAAGAAAGUGGAGAGGAUAAAGACGCUGAUUGCCAAAUCCAGGUGCAUUGCAGACCAGAAACUUCUUUCGCCCACAUCACAUGUUUUUGCUUUCUCAUUAUGCCAUCCAAUCACUGAUCAUCAAUCCAUGCCUGCUUAUCCAUGGACAUUUACUGAGGAAUAGCCAUGCUCUGUUCACUCACUUUUAACAGGGCAUCUGUAUGACAUUGUAAACAAAACAUCCGGCUCCCAUGCUUUCCCUGCUUAGCUUCUGUUUCUCCCCCACCCACAAGCCCAGAUUUUUUGAAUACAAUAGAAAAGCUGUGCAGCUUAGCCAGUUGUAGAUAACCUACGACAAGGGAUGUAAGAAGCUGGCAAUUUCCAUAAAUCACCUAGCUAUUUACAUAAGAUACAUUCAUGUCAUUGUAAAGGAAAUGUCAAAACAAUGUAAAACAAAAUAAUAAAACAUGUAUCAUUUGUGGAACUAUGUGAACAAAUACUGAUUGAAUUUGCUUGACUGAUUUUCAUUCCUGAGUACAGAUGAGCACUCGCCUGCUGCAAUUUUUGUUUCCUUUUCCAUAUUUGUCAGAAUUCCUCCCUAUCACUCAGCUGUUGGUUUUUGAGGAUACUCCAUUCCAUUUCCACCUAUUUUCCAUUCCUCCCCUCUCAAUUAACCGGUCACUAUUCUGUGGCUAUUGAACAUGCUUCAUUCUCAUGGGGCUGUUUUUGCAGUGGCCCCUCCCCAGGGAAUAGUGAUGUUUGUAUGUGUGUACCAUCUAUCAAUGCUUCUCCUAUCCCACUGAUCUGCCUCUUCGAGUGCUAACUCCCCUGUAGCCAAAACAUGUCCUGGGGCAGCCAGCUGCAGGUAAUAACCACAAGUUCCCUCUCUUGCAGCAUGCAGAAUGUGGUCCCCCUCAAUGAGGGAGAAGUGGACGUGACCCAGGACCCAGAAACCCAGUUGCAGGAACAGGAGAAGCGAAUAGAGAUCUCCUGCGCCUUGGCUGCAGAAGCCUCCCGACGGGGCCGCAUGCUCUCAGGUAAGGAAGAUUAGGCAGUGGAGCAAUGCAGCCGCAAAGAAACAAAAGGCUUUUCCUCCCUCUGCAAGUUCUGCAUUUAAGUGUGGGAUAUAUAAGUCAUGGUAGAAAUGAAUUACAGAUGACUACGUAAUUCCCUUGUGCAGGCAAGGCUUUCAAAAUAAGAUGGAUUUGACAGCUGGCAUGCUAGCCGGUGUAAAUUAGAACCACUGCUUUAAAUUAGUUAUAGUGAUUUAUAAAGGCCAGAGAAUUGUCUUGCAACGCCAGACGAGCUGCUGCAGUGCUUUGCUUUUAUACUAGUGGUGAUGUGUCAAAAGGGGCAUAUUUGCAUCAUUGCUGCCAAGUGCCACAUAAUGUCAAACAUAUAUUAAUUGGUCUCGGCUGUCAAGUUGCUUGUGCAGUGACAUGCAUUACAUUGAACUUUGCUGUCCUCUUUUUUUACUCCUUUAAUUUGCAGCCCUUAAGGAGCAAUGCCUGGCAAUUGGCAUAAACUUACGGGUCCUGAUGUGUGGGAAACAUCAGUUCUAGCAAAUUAAAUAUAUACCAUGCAUAUAUAUAUAUAUAAAUUAUGUAAAAGCUGGCCCAUUCUUUUAGCUGGUCUUAAAUAACCAGUUGCAUCCCCUUUUUUCAAAAACCUCAGGUAACUAGCUAAUGCAACGCAGGGCCCUCCAACAAAGGCAGCCCAGUUUCCGUGGCCCAAAGUACUGAGAGGUCGCCAUCCAUUUAGAGGGACUCGGGAAUAAUUCAGCAUAUCUCGAAUGGAGGAGGCCUUAGCUUAAAGCUUGGGCAAGAAGACCACAUACCUGCCCAGUGAGCCAAGUGCAAAGAGGUCCAGUUCUCUUCCUAAACCUAGGUCUUGAGUAAGAUGAAGUAGUUAGCCCUUCCUGCUAUUACCAGCUGCUGUUGCAGCUGAUGGACACAGCUUCCAAUUUUCCCUAUAAUGAUGGCAUUAGAUGAGCUUGUGCUUGGCUGCAGGGGCAACCAGAUUGCUAACAAGAGGAGAAAAUAAGGUUCUCCUUGGCCUGCACAUUUUCUUCCUCUGCUGCUGCUGCUGCAGUAGCUGCCUAAGCAAGAAAAAAGACCUGGGGGCUUUUUCCCACACAAGAGGAUGCAUGGAAUAUUUUCCCUGGAAGUGUAGUGUCACUGUUCAGUGCAGGGACAGCCAACAUGGUGUCUUCUAGAUGUUGGAUUAUGAGUCCCAUUACUCCUGGCCAUUGGCUAUGCUGGCUGGUGCUGAUGGAAACUGGAGCCCAACAACAUCUGGAGAGCAAUGUGUUUGCUGUCCUAGGCUAGUGCAUGCAUGGCAGGGGGUAGUUCCCACUGAUUUCCAUUAGGGGAAUACCAGAGGAGUCCAAGAUACCAUGUGUGACGCUGCUUCCCUUUCUGAGUGUUUUCGAUUUCUAUCAGUUCAACCCUGGGAAAAGAGUAAGAGACCGGGGUCAUGCCAAAUGGUGGGAGAUUCAUGACAAACAAAACACAGUGUUUCUUCAUACAGUGCAGCACCAACCCAUGAGACCUCCCUGUUCAAAUGCAGGAAUGCCAUUUUGCUGUGGGAACAGCAAACACGGCAGCUGGCAAUGGGGUUCAUGGCCUGAAAAAGGCUUGGGGACAUGCUAGCUGUGUGUUUAUCAUUGCAUUAUCCAUGAUGGAUUUCCCACCACCUGCAGUCUACUACCCAGCUACCUCUGGCUGCUGAAGAAGCUGCUGUGUAAUGCUGACUUAUUUGUUUUGUGGCCAGGCUUGUGCAGGAGGCUGGAGGGAGAUUAUUAUUAUUCAAGCCACGUCUGGUCUAAAGAAUCUGUCAUGAAUAGCUGCACCUUCCGGGGCUGCUAUGAAGUCAUCCCAUUCACAUGAAUAUUAAUGCUUAGCGCUAUUUUCUGAUGAGACACCAAGCAAAAAAUUAUAAUUUAGUCUUCCUUUAAUCACAUGGCAGGGUAGGGUGCUCAUCUUCCUACAAGGUGGUGUGUCUACCUCCCUACAGGAUGAAUGGUGUGCUGUUCCCAUCAUUGCCUUUGCGGUUGUCUCUGUGCAGUGCUAGUGGAAAUCACACAGGCAUAACACAAGGAGGGAGCUAUUUUGUGCCACUCUGUGAUUUCUGAUCAUGCUUCCUAUUCCCUUUCCUCUAACCCCUGUUUGCUGUAUGGCAGCUUUCACCAACCUGGUGCCCUCCAGAUGUUGUUGGACUGCAACCUCCACCAGCCACAGCCAGCACUAGCUGGGGCUGAUGGGAGAUGUAGUUUUGCAACUUCUGAAAGGCACCAGGUUGUCAAAGGCUGCUCUAUGAAAUGUGUUUCCUUGCCUUUGCUUCCCAUUUCUGUAUGCUCUUCAGACCCUGUCUCCAUUUCUUGUUUCCAGCUCAGUGUGCCACCCCGAGCCCUCCCACCUCCCCAGCCUCCCCGACUCCACCGACCAAGUCCCUCUCGUCUGAUUCAUCCCAGGGCGGCGACAGCCAUUUUAUGCGUGUCUGAGCCAUAAAGUAAGCACUUCUUUUUUUUUACUUUUACUUUUGCUUUUCUUUCUUUUUCUUUUUUUUACUAUAUUCAUUUCAUAUCUCUAUAUGCCUUGGUCUCUUGGAGAAAAGAAGUGGUAAGCUUCUUUUCCAAGAGUUUCAUCUCCUCUCCUCACCAACCCAUCCAUUCACUGAGAUCCACUAAGGUAACCCUUUCUUCUGUGCUGUGUAAGCUCAGUCUCCUUCCUCAGAGUUAAGUGCAAGAUGCUUCCAUAGUGAAUCAAGGUGCCAUGCUUUGUUCUGGAGUCCCUGGGGCAAAGUGAUCUUAUUUCAAUGAGCAACGAUUCCCCGUGCCAAUUAAACCAGGAGAAUAUUCUUGAAUGAGCACAUUGUUGUAGCUCAGAGUAUGGACCCAGGAGACCCUGCUUUGUCAUGUCAUGAACACAGUAGAUAGCCUGGGCCCAAACAUGCCACUGGGUGUAUUUUCUCAAUACACUGGGUGUAUUGAAAUCAAAAAACAUACUAAGAACAUAAGCAGAACCUGCUGGGUCAGAGCAAUGGCCCAUCUAGUCCAACAUUCCAUUCUCACAGUGGCUGACCUGUGGGAAGCCUGCAAGCUGGGCAUGGACACAUCAGCUCUCUGCCCACUUGCAGUUCCCAGCAACUGGUAUUCUUAGGAGGCCAUAAGCUUAAUCAGGGAAAUCAAAAGCAGUAGCGGCAGAGCCACCAUCCCAACGCCAGUGUCACUACAGCUUACUAGGGUGGUGUUUCUGUGGGGCAAGUCAGCAGCAAGGUCAGGGCUGCUGGUUUCCUGGCAGGUAGGUUGCUGUUGCUUACUGGGAGAGGAAGGACAAUGCCGUGGGGAGGUUAGCAGGAUACAAAUGAAUCAGGAGCACUGGAUUGAUUCUGCCAGUGCUUUUGCACCACACUGACCACCCCACCACUUCAUCCUUCUCCCUCCCAGAAAGCAACAGCAACCAACCUGUUGGGAAGCUAGCAUAUUUCAUGAAACUCCAAUAUUUCUUGGAGUUUCAUGAAGAAAAAUCUUCAGGGGAUGGGGGUCGGUCAAGGGUUUGAAAAUGGUAUAAGUGCAAUAUAUUCAGAACAAAAAGCUAAGCUAAUAGUUAAUAAUGUGGUAACAGAGGAAUUUAAGAUAGAGAAAGGGACACGACAAGGCUGCCCAAUUUCCCCAUUGCUUUUUAUUUCGGUCCUGGAGGUUUUGCUAAAUAUGAUUAGAAGGGACCGCUUGAUUAAAGGUAUACAGGUCGGAGCUAAACAGUACAAACUGAAAGCUUUUGCAGAUGAUUUAGUAUUGACGUUACAGGAGCCAGAAUCUAGUACUAAAAGAGUUUUAGAAUUGAUUCAGGAAUUUGGUCAUGUGGCAGGAUUUAAGCUGAACAAGUUAAAAACUAAGGUGCUUGAGAAAAAUUUAACACCGAUUGAGAAAGAGAGGUUUCAGAAGGAGACAGGUUUAACAUUGGUUAAGAAAGUAAAAUACUUGGGGGUUAACAUGACUGCUAAGAACUUAAACCUAUUUAAAGACAAUUAUGAGAAAUGUUGGUCAGAAGUGAAAAAGGAUUUAGAGAUAUGGUCAAACUUGAAGCUUUCCUUGCUAGGUCGAAUUGCUGUUAUAAAGAUGAAUGUAUUGCCAAGAAUGUUAUUCUUGUUUCAAUCAUUGCAAAUUGUGGACAAAAUGGACUGUUUCAAGAAGUGGCAGAGAGACAUUUCUAAAUUUGUCUGGCAGGGCAAAAGCCCAGAAUAAAAUUUAAAAUAUUAACCGAUGCAAAGGAUAGAGGUGGAUUUGCCCUGCCAGACCUCAAACUUUAUUAUGAAUCAGCAGCAUUCUGCUGGUUGAAAGAAUGGCUGCUUCUUGAGAACACAGGCAUUUUAGAUUUAGAAGGUUUCAACAAUGUUUUUGGGUGGCACACAUAUUUGUGGUAUGACAAGGUUAAAGCACAUAAAGCAUUUAAAAACCAUAUUGUCAGGAAAGCAUUGUUAAAUGUCUGGAUAAGAUAUAAGGACUUAUUGGAAAAUAAAACCCCUAGGUGGCUGUCACCGAUGGAAGCAAAGGCUCAGAAAAGGCUCAAUAUGGAGGCCAAAUGGCCGAAAUAUUGGGAAAUUUUGGAACAAGAAGGAGACAAAUUGAAAUUGCAGAGUUUUGAAAAAUUAAAAGAUAAAGUGCGAGACUGGCUUCAUUAUUAUCAGAUAAUGGAGGCAUAUAAUUUGGAUAAGAAAAUUGGCUUCCAGGUGGAAAAAUCAAAAUUGGAAACAGAAUUGUUAGAACCCAAUACUAAGAUUUUGUCAAAAAUGUAUAACUUGUUGUUGAAAUGGAAUACUCAGGAUGAAACCGUGAAAUCUGCUAUGAUUAAAUGGGCACAAGAUCUAGGAUAUAACAUUAUGUUUGCUGACUGGGAACAGUUGUGGACCACAGGCAUGAAAUUUACGGCAUGUAAUGCUCUAAGAGAGAAUAUUAUGAAAAUGAUAUACAGGUGGUACAUGACACCAGUCAAGCUUGCAAAAAUUUACCAUGCGCCCGAUAAUAAAUGUUGGAAAUGUAAAGAAAAUGAAGGUACUUUCUUUCACCUUUGGUGGACGUGCCCAAAGAUUAAGGCUUUCUGGGAGAUGAUAUAUAAUGAAUUGAAAAAGGUAUUUAAAUAUACCUUCUUGAAGAAACCAGAGGCCUUUCUCCUGGGCAUAGUCAGCCAAUUGGUGCCAAAGAGGGACAGAACUUUCUUUAUGUAUGCCACAACAGCAGCAAGAAUACUCAUUGCAAAGUAUUGGAAGACACAAGAUCUACCCACCUUGGAAGAAUGGCAGAUGAAGGUGAUGGACUAUAUGGAAUUGGCGGAAAUGACUGGCAGAAUCCGAGACCAGGGAGAAGAGUCGAUGGAGGAAGAUUGGAAAAAGUUUAAAGACUAUCUACAGAAAUAUUGCAAAAUUAACGAAUGCUAGAAUGAUGUUGGAUAGAAACUAAGUGAACUUUAGCUGAAAGGUUACAAGGAAUAUGAAAAAAUGGAUUAUUAAUAUGUAAAAAUCUAAAAUUACAAUACUUUAUGAUUAAUGAUUAGGAUACAUAAAGAGGGGAGGGAUUUGCUGAACGAAAUAAUUGAACUGGAAUACAAAAAAGGGAGGUGUGAGGAGGUCCGGGAACUAAGCAAAUGAAGGUUAAGUAAUGGAAGGAAGGAAUUGUUUUUAAAUAUUUUUACUUUGUAUUUUCUUUUUGUGUGUGUGUGCUUUGUAAUAUCUUGAAAACUUCAAUAAAUAUCUUAUAUAAAAAAAAAGGAAGCUAGCAUAACAGUUUUCCCACCCACCCACCCAAUGAGCCACUUCAUAACUAAGGGAAUGGUUGAUGUUAAGCUGAACUGCUAUGUGCCACCAUUAGGGACACCAUAGCUGCUCCUUUCACAAACCAACUGGUACAGAACACCAAAAUUUGGACAAAGCUAUGGAAAUAUUAUUUUUUGUUGGAUUUAGUCUUCCAUCAGCUCCAGCCAGCAUGGUGAAAGGUUGGAGAUGACAGGAGUUGUUGGACUUCCGGGGUGGCGCCAUCGGUAAUGGCGGACUCCCUCUGAUCCGGAGGGACUAGCUCUACGGAAAUCGGGUCUGUUCCGCUACGGCGAAGCGGGGACCCUUUAAACAAUCACAGGCGGAUGAAGCCUGUGACCGUGGGACUCGGCGGGCACCUUUAGCGCCCCCCCAAUUUGUAAAGGAACCCAAUUACGGGCUCCGGAGCGAAGCGGGGCAAGCGGCGCGGUGCUGAGAGUCAACUGCUUCUUCCGUGGAGCGAAGCCGCACAGCCGUUACCGGAGAGCGCUACCUUUUUCCUGUGACAAUCUGGCAAAAACAACUACCCGUGAGUAGGUUAAAUUUGGACAAUUGGACUCUAAACAACGACCCGUGAGUAGAACGGAAAAUUGGACUAAGAAAUUCCUUUUAAUUUGGCACUGAAGCGGGAAGGUCUAAACAGGAAGUCAGCCUUCCGCUUUUUGUAGAAAGAUCAAAGCAAAGACAUGGCAAGCUAGAGUUUAGAAAAUCGUUUGUAAAGGAUCAACUUUCAUCAUUUAAAAUUACUGAACCCCUUUUGGAAGCAGGAGGAGAGGGUUUUUUUUUUUUUUUUGGACCAUUUAAACCUGCAGAAGAGAGUUUAAAGAAAAGUAAUUUUCCACCGUCUUGAACCUGGGAGCGGGGUGUCAGGACAGACGCUUUUGGGAAGUUCAUUGACUAUAGACGAACGUUUUUGACAGAUAGUUAAAAGAAGAGAAACGUAGUGAUUCCAUUGUUCUCCUUCGCAGUUAAAAGGAACAAAAUAUUGACAAAAUAUCUGAAAAAGGAAACUUUGUUGUUAGAUCUGCAAAAAAAAAAAAAAGAGAGAGAGAGAGAGAGAGAUGGAUACAAAUAGAAGUUCUUCCCCUAGAGGGAGCUUGUGAAAACUGUUAUUAAUUUGAACUGGGGAGUUUUGCAGCUGCAAUAGAUUAAGAUCGUGGGAUUAGACUUUGACCUUGCACAACAAUGUACUCGGAGGCUCUGGUGCGUGCUUUCUGCAAAACAAGUGCUUUAUUGGAACAGUUACAUGAGAAGACGGAUUUGAUGACUGAUGCGAUCAGAAAUUUUGGACAGGUAGUGGGUAUCUAUAUAGAACCCACUCAGGAAUUAAUUCAGGAGUGUGCUCUGACAGAUCAGAUGAGGGAGGAGGUUGUGGCUGGACCUCGGGAGGCAGAGAUGGAGGGAACUGUGGCCCAGCAGGAACAUGAGUUGUUGGAUCUGAUGAAUGAACCUGGAAAAAGCCAGAUUUGGAGAGAUAGAGUCUUGUUCGGCUUGGAGAUGGGGGGCUGGAUAGACCCCCCUAUGCAGGGAUGUUUUGAAUUUUCAAAUCUGGCGUUGGGCCGGAAGGAGUUUGGACUUGUGGGGGUCCUCAACCUUGGAGGGACUUUGAAACAUGCUUUUAAAUACCACAUGGAGCUCAGUGUGGACUAUAGAAAAGGGGCUGAUCUGUCGAGAAGGGACAAAAAUAUUGUCAAGCUGGAGUCUCCACGAGUGAAAGGAGCAGAAGACAAAGUAAAGUAUAGGUAUAAAUAUGAAGAAGAUCUGCGGAAGGGACAUGGAAGAGACUUAAGGGCCUCGGACAUAAGGUUACCAGGUUAAUGAACUAGAUGGAUGGGAUAGAAAGGACUGACAAAACCCGAGACCAGGAGGAAGAGACGCUGGAUGAAGAUUGGAAGAAAGUUUUAAAAAUUUUAUUUAGGAAUGUCUUGUAAAAUUAAUGAGUAUUAGAAAAAUGUUGGAACGAAAUUAUUUGUCUUUAGCAGAAAUGUUAAAAAGAACUAUGUAAGAAUAUGCUAUGGCUAUGAGAAAUUGGUAUAAAUAAGAUUUAAGUUUUAAGUUCUAGGGUUUUUUAUGGUAAGAUAAGGUUAAAAUAGAUUAAGGUAAUUUAAUGACAGAAUAUUAUGAAAAAUGGGAAGGAUUUGCUGAGACAAUUAACAACUAGAACACAAAAAAGGGAGGUGUGAGGAGGUCGAUGAAAUAAGGUAAUGACAGUUAAGGAUUUGAGAAUACUGGAUUUGUUUUUAUUUUUUUUUUGUUUAAUUCUGUUUUUGGAUUUUGAUGUAUUAUGUGUUUUGCUUUUGUUUUUUUGAUUUUGACUUUUAUCGAUUUGUAUUGUUUAAUUGUUAUCUGUUCUCUUUUUUCUUCUUUUCUUCCUUGUUUGUCUUUGUAAUCUUAAAACUUUCAAUUAAUAUCAUUUUUUUUUAAAAAAGACAGGAGUUGUUGUCCAUCAGCAUCUGGAGGGCCACAGGUUCUGUGGCUAUAACACAUUAGGUUGCUUCUGUGAACUGAACCGAAAGAUGGAGAUGGGCAUCUAUGGUAAGCCACAACUCCAUCCUUUAGGCUGGACAAUGGCCUGGGCAUUGGCCCCAUUUGAUAAAGUAGGACUUUCUUCCCACUAUACAAAUAUAAGAUUGUGGUGUUAGUCUAGUCAUCAUCUGUGGUUGACAGACCAAAAUGACCGACCAAAAAUUCUUACAGUGGUAUUCCUCAACCUGAUGCUCUCCAGGUUGGCUGUGCUGACUGAGGCUGAUGGGCGCUGUAGUCCAAAACAUCUUGAGGACACCAGGUUGGGAAAGGUUACUUUAGAGUAUCCUGCUGCACUGUGGGCUAGAACUCUGCCUGACGUGUGUUUGACACAACCUUUCUUGGUGAAGACCUUUAAGGCUUUGAGAGAGCUCCCAGAGCAGAAAGAUAAAGCUGUUAAUGUCAUUGAAACCUCUCUCUAUGACAUUCCUUCAAGGCACGUCUAGCAAAUUCACAGCCUCUGCAAAUCCCUCAAGCCUAUUGUGAGGGAAAUGUCAAAGGCCUGUGCAACAGGCCCACAACUUUAGGUUCCAACAACUGUCACUGACUCUCUUCUCCUCUUCUCUCCUCUUCUUCCAGCACAGGCCCUGGCUGCUGUGA